UCAUGAACUUAUCUCUCAGUCUUGCUCAACUCCAGGGCUUGGUACCCAAUCUCAAGGGGAGGAGUCAAUGUCAACACCCCCAUCUUACCUUGCCUCCUGGCUCCCCCUUGCCAAAACAUUAAUGUGUUGUAUCUCCUUAAUUGCUAGUCGUGAUUGCAGCUGCCAAUUGUGGAUGUUGGAACACUGAGCUACUAGCCUUACCGGUGUUAGCAUUGACCCUGAGGGCUGAAAGAGGAGCCAGAAAAAGCCUGGAAGGCGAAGGCAACAGUAGUGCCUGUGGUCAAUGGGGCAGUGACCCCAACACUGGAGAAGUGGCUCCAACAGAUCCCAACAUCAGACAUCUCACUCCAGAAGAGAAAGAGCUAAGAUACUGAACAGGACCCUCAAGCUCCCGGGCCUCUGGUGACAGACCCAAGCGUGUUCGUUGUGUCCUUAGACAAGACACUUAACCCACCUUGCUCCCAGUGUUCGUCCUCCACUGGUGUAUGAUUGUGAGUGAUGUUUGGUGGUGGUCGGAAAGGUCGUAGGCGUGAAUUGACAGCCAUGUUUCCAUCAGGCUACCCCAGGAAAGCUGUGACACCUAAGGUAUUUUACCACCACCAGGGUAUGACGAGCAGAUGACUGGGCGGGUUAGCACGCCCCAUAUACGAGGACCACAGUCCCUGCAAUGGCCGCGGGUUCGAGUCCGGCCCCAACCAUGUGCUGCACGUCCUCCCCCAUCUCUUUGUGUCUCCCAACAUUUCACCCUGUCCUGUCAAACAUAUAUGUAUAUAUAUACAUGUAUAUCUAUAUACAUGUAUAGAGAGAUAUGUAUAUUGCAUGAUCUCAGAUAUUUAUCUGCCUGUCUUCAUGUUUGUAGUUGUGUUUCAGUUUGUGUUAAUUAGAAGUUUCUUUUUUGACAUGUUUAUUAUUUACACUCAUCAUUUUACCAUCUUAGGACCAAAGCUUGUAGUAUUGAUAUUUGCUGAAAGGUUUGAACUUAUCUUUUCCAGCCCAAAACACCCUGAUAAGAGUCGUGCUUAACUUGAGUUUACCACACACGCUGAUAUUCUGAUGACAUUUGUUGAAGUCCCCUCAUAUUUCAACAUCUGACACUGAAGGUCUUUGGAAAAACAAAAGUAUGAUUAACAGCUGUUUGUGCUGCUGCGUUACACUCAUAAUCCUGAUUUAUAACUUUUAUUUAUAGCCUCCAGUUCCGGGUAUAAUAGAGAACUUCUGAGCUGCCAAACAAAAUAUUCAUAAAUCAGAUCUCCAAUUACAAAAGUCAUAAUACUCGGGGGUCAUAUUGCAGGUGAGUUGUGUUGAUCAUGCACCUUUAAUUAAAUCAAGAGGUCGUGUGAGGUUCACCUUAAAUUCCUGUAAUUCAAUUAGCUAAUUGUUUGUGACGCAAGACAAAGGAAUUUAACAAUGAAGUUUAAUCUCAUUACACUCUGAUUUGGUAAACCACAAAGGUCCUGAUACACAAGUUUUUGGGUGAAUGUUUCUGAUAUUUCCCAAUGAGUCAUUUGGGAAACUUGUAAACAUUUCCAAGACGCUGCAGAGAUCUUUCCAGAAAGUGCUGAUAGCUCAAAAUGAAAGGGGACUAACAUCUUUACAGGAACUGAACUCCUCACCCUGGGCCUCAAGCUCCCAACAUUAAACUGCGUUCAGACAGGGUUGUGUGUUUUGCUGAGGAUGAAGGCCAAACGCUCCAAUAUUGAACAGGUGACUCAGCUUCCAGCUUGUCAGAGAAAUCCCCCGAGACCUUUGACCUCCUAAUCGUUUAGCAGCGCUUAUGGUUGGAGAUCUGCUCCAGGCUAUUAGAGAGAUUAGUGUCACGCAAAUUUGGGAGCGAGGCCAAGCCUAUAUCUGUACUUCAUGGUAUUCUCAGCGUUUAUUACUGAGCACCCAACACAUGUUGAAAUCUGAUAUGUGGCUGUAUAGUAGCACAUACUGCAGCAUGGGGCUAUAUGUAGGUGCAAUAUGUGGUGACCUACAUACAGUGACAUGCUAUACGUUAUGAGUAUGCUGACUAUUUAGACCAGGAUACAUUCUGUGGUUUGAAUCUUAUGAAACAUAAGUAUAAUUGGCUGUGGAUGCUGAUUAGGAUCCUUUACAUGCCUUUUUUUGCACUCAAUGCAAAUUUUCACAGUAAAAUACAAAUGUUUACAACAUGUCAUUAUCAAGUAUGCACGGAAAUACAAAGAUUUAAACAUUUAAUCUAAUAUGUUCUUUAAAAGAAAUGGUAAACACUAUUUCGGAUAUGUUUUUUUAUGACUGCAGAUUAUUUCAGUCGGAUUUUAACCGCCCAACUUUUCCUGCAACGGCAUACACCAGAACUACAAAACGAGCAUCCCUCCCGAAUUAAAAACAAUCCCCAGCUCGUAAAGCACUUUCGACAAGCUCGCAUGAAUGAGGCAGACCGGUAGAGGAAAAAGAUCAUUUUGACUUCAAAAAUGUUGAAAAACAUCACAAAACCUUGUGGUGCAACUUUUCAGAUAAUGAUUUAUUUAAUCUGAUUUAUCCCCGGGAGGACUUGUUUGCGGCUUUUCCUUUCUUAAAUUUAAGUCUUCAAAAUAAAAUAUAAUGUCAAUGUAAAUUAAAUCGGAUACAUGAUCUAUAUUAGGGAAUUUGGUGCGAACUUCUUUUGAAAUAUACCAAUAAAAAAGAAACCUCUUUCUCCAAAAACGUCUCCCAUAGUUGUAGAUUACCGCUGGAUCAAUGCCACCUGUUAGAGAAAUAUGCGGUAAAAACACAGUUCCCAUUUUUUUAUUGAUAUAUCUAAUCUAAAUAACAUGUUUUAUGUCAGGCUAGGGCGGAUAAAAGUCUUGUACUUUGUACAAAUGAAGCUUUUGAAGCUCAACACGCCACCCUUAACGCUCGAUAGCUUUUAUUUUGAAAGUCCUAGGCGGGAAAUGAAUGUACUGGUUUGGCGGUUGUUCUGACUUGACGCUGAACGGUGACGCCAUCUUGAAAUUGUCCCGAGCAGAGGAGGAGACGGACUCGGGAAAAUCAACUCGUCCUGAACACGAUAGCUGCUUUAGCUACACGGAUUAACAACAGCUUUAGAGGUUAUUGCUAACAUAUGAUACUGUUUCCACUUGUUAGUUGAAGUAAUUUCGAGGGGGAGAGGCCGUUUGGUACACUUUUGAGACGGCUAAAGGACGGGAGGGAGCCCUUUAAUCGCUUGUUUCCCUGUCUGAGCGGACGGAGCUGUGGUUGUGGCCGGGCAGCCCCGCCGGACUGUCGGGACGAAAUUGACGCUUCCACACGGAAUAUAUCAACAGCAAUACGCGAUAUGAAAAACCUCUUUUCAUGGUAGGAGACUAGAAAUGCUAAUUUCAACGCUUUCUUGACGUUUCAAAGCUAUGCGACGGAGCUUUUUCCAGGAUAAGUUUGAUUGGAGGACAGCGAAGUGCGCUUGAUUUCCAGUCCGAUGGAUGUUAGCCCUGCCCGGCUGUGGCUCGGCUCUCCUCCUAGCUGGUCUGAUAUCAGCAGGUUAAACGCCAACAGGCACAGGUGAACACGUAUGUUCAUAACAAUGCUGCAGAUCUGCCAAGUGCAUGACAGUCCUGGCUUGAAUGCCAAAAAGUCAUUUGCUUGUGUGUAAAGCUGGAAAUACCACCACCACCACCACCAUCUUCUUCAUCACCCUCCUCUUCUUCAUCACCCCGCUCUUCUUCGCUUCUUCUUUUUUGGACCACUAAGGCUGGCAUUACCUGGGAUAUUCUGGAUUCGGGCUCGAUUUUGACAUUUUAAAAUGUCCUUUUUGCAAAGACAGUGCUCUUUAGGGCAACAAGACAUUUAAUUUGACUCAGUUAGUUUGAGGUUUAUUCGUUUUUGGUUUGUUGUUUUAUUCUCUCUCCAGUCAGAGGAUCAGAUUCGGAUGGAAAAUGGGAGACGCCACCAAACUGGCCUUCGCCGUUUUCCUCAUCUCCUGCUCUUCAGGUGGGUGUGGAUGGGGUUAUGCAUGGUUUAUUGUCAACUGUGGAUAAUUCAAUUCAAUGCUUUUUGUUACUUCUGCAGAGUGCAAUGCAUAGCUGGUCGUUGCAUGAGGAGAAUGCAAUGAAAUGCAAUGCAAGCCUGUGGGAAGACGGGGGGAAAAUCCCACUCUGCCGUUCCACUUCAUUAUUGGUGCCCUUUUCUUUGCAUUCUCCGUGCGUGCAGUGUGGAUGUGCAUUGACAUCCAUUAUACAGUGAGUCCAAGAUGGGGCCUGGGGACCUGAAAGGUUCUCAAAGGGGUUCUAACCGGGACAUACCAGUGGAGAUUGGGAAUUUUGAAGCUUCAUUUCAUAGAGGGGUUAUAGGAAACUUCUGGGAUUGUAUGAGGAUUACUGUUUUGUCCUGACUGUUGGAACCAAAUUGGAACAGUAUGCAAUAAAUUUUAACAGUUAAUUGUGACUGUAGGCUGAAAGCAGAUAUUGUAAAAACAUAUUUUUACUUAUUGAUAAGAUUUAAAAAGUGCGUUAAAAGGCACGUGAAUGUUUCUAAAACUUAAGAUCAAUUUUAUAGACGUGUGAUGGGGUUUAUAUUCAAGCAAAAGGAUAAACAAAAUGUAGAUAGGUUAAAUCUUUCCCUUCUGCAACACACAGACUGUAUUUUAAAGCAGAAAUAGUCUGUUUUACUGGGAGAAAAAUACUUUCAUAGGUGUAUUAUGUCGAUUAUAUCCCAGAGGUUGAUGCACAGUGAUACCAGCAGGGUCAGCAAGGUGACAAUAAGGAGGAAAGAGGUCAUUUUGGGAGUGUAGGCUUUCUUACAGAGCAUAUUAGUGUCACAUGGACUUAAAAAAUAUUUCUUGUUCAGUUUGCAGAUAUGUUUGGACCUUAUUUUUUCCUCUUUAUGAAGGAAACACAUCCCUGUUCAAAGUAGAAAUCAUUUUGGAGUUUAGUUUAUUUUUUUUCUGUGGCGCAAAUAUACAAAUAAUUUAGUUUUUGCAAAGCUGCAAUCAUAAAAGAUUCGUACAAAAAAGAAAUAGCAAACCAAUUUCAGACUUAAAUUAUGAGACAUUUGCUGGGUCUAUCCACAUAAAUAGACAGUUUUUUUGAAACUCUUUGAUAUUAAUGAUAACCUUUUGGUUGAUUACUGAUGGUUGAUUAAAGAUGACCCUGCUUUAUGGUGUUUUGAAGUAUUAUGUAGUAUUAUUUGAAAAAGAACUUGUAGGUUAAGUUCAUGUAAUGGUUCAUUCUGACCCUAUAGUGUUCUCCUUUGUGGGCUUUAGAGGACCUUAUGCCCUCAGUGAACCUGUUCCACCCCCCAAAUGAAACAGACUAGCAUCACAUGACACUGAAAUAGUACUGGGCGAGCAGGAGACUCUCUCCUAAUGGGUAAACAAAGUCCAAAUGCCGCUGGGAAGCUAAUACAAGUAUCAUAAUACCUAAAUUUGCUCUGAUGUUUACUUCAUCACAUGCCAGAAAGGUGACAAAUUGUAACCCGGUGCUUUAAACUUCCAUUUCUUGCAGUGCCAGCCACAAAUAACACGUCCAAUCUGAUAACAACAAGGCAGCAUUAGUUUCACUUUGCGUUGUCUGCUGGUUUGACUGGAUUGUCAUUGAUAGGAGACACAGGCUGACCAGAGCUGGCAAAAAUCACACCUGAGGGCAGGAUUUUUGGUCUAUUGUUGUUUAUUAAUCCGAGUAUUAGGUUUCUUUAAAAAUGUAAAGUGUUGUUGACAGUUGGUCGGUUUCUUGUGCAACUUUACAAACCGGUUUUCUGUGCUGUUUGACUGUGAGCAGCCUGGAUGUGUGCACUGGAAGAAAAGCUCUCCUAACACAGACCCUAAGACACAGUGUGAAACAGAAUCAGAAGCUGCAGGUGAAUUGUCCUCUAACAGCGAGUCCUGAGGUGUGUUUGAGCAGAAAUUAAAAGGCCUCUCAAAUACGUUGAUACUUAAGGUUGGUUGGAGGCAAAGUCAGGUGCCGUCUGUGUAGCAAGGCGUAGCAGAUGAGUCUUUCCCUCCCUCAUGACGGUCUGAAGUGGGGAAAUGAGCGGUUCCUACACGAUGGAAUAAUAAUCUGUCCUGAAAUACAAGUUGAAAUUACUCAGUUUAAGAAAACCUGCAGGGCACUUUGCCAAGAGAGGUUUUUUUUUGUCACUGCAGCACGCCAAGAAGUGUCAGGAUACUGUUGAGAGUUUUAUAAAGAAUACAAACAGACAGACAAAAAGCGAUGAAAUGACACAUGAACUCUUUAAAGUUAGGGAGCUGCUUUGUCAACAAACCAUAACUACUUUUAAGUGAACUCUGAUAUGAAACUGAAAAAGACUAAGAAGGUUGAACCAUUGCUCAACUGAAACUAGGGCAACGAAUAACUGUUAAACCACUGUUGAUAAAUCUGUUGAAUACUUUCGUAAAAAAAGAAAAAAGGUUUCGAGUUCAGAUCUGAAAGUCAUCAAAGACGUGGGAAAAAGAAAAAAACAAAUUCUUCAGGCUAAAGUGGAAGUCUUCAAUCAGCCUUUUGUUUUUCAAGUAGUGUAAAAGCACACAAAGAUAUUCAGUGAACCUCAUCAUACGGCUGAAAAAGAGAAGUUAUUCUCAAAUGAAGAAACCAAACCAUCACAUUUUUUCCUCAAAAUUCAUUCCCAACAACCGUGGUCUGUACUUUUCUGCUCCUGUGCUGCUUAUAAACUCGUACUUGUCUGUCUCUACAUGUGAAGAUUUGCAGCUCGAGGUAACCUUACGUAACAGUUAAACUUAAACUCAUUUGCAUUUUGCACCAAUGUUUGGAUAAAACAAACGAGUCGUACUGUACAACGGUUAUUUUUCUUUCUUUCUGGACAAUCACUUUUACUCUCAGCCUUUCACUUUUAGAAAUCAAUUGUUCAGUAUUUUAUUUUUGCCAAUAAAUCUCUUCAGUGUUAGAACGGUCAUUAAUAAAAUAGUGCCAAGGAUUAGCAUGCUAUAUGUGGUUUAUGGGAUUCUCUUUAUAGGACUACUGUCUAUUUAUGAGUACUCUGAGUAGCCUAGUUAAGCCCCGAAAACCAGACAUAACAUGCUUUUGUAAUACACCUUUAUUAAGGAAGAGAAGGUGUCCGACAGGCAGGAAUGUGAAAUCUGACCUGGUUUAUUGUUGCAUCCAGCAGCUGCCCCGUGUUUUGAUCCCUGCUGGCAUGUCUAAACUCUGCUGUAACACAUGGCGGGUCAAGGUUGUCUGCUCCAGUGUUGAUGUGACAGGGUAGUGAACGGGCUUCUUGUGUGAGUUUUCGCUGCUUUGGGUCGCUUUAAUUAAAAAGGAAAAAAAAAAAGAAGAAAAAAACAGGCCUCUGCUGAACUGGAAAAUGACAUUUUACUUCCACUGAUCUGAUAAUGUGCCUCUGCAGCAACCGGAUGUUGAACUCAGGGCGACCUCUGCCUCUGAUCACGUGUUAGCCUGAACUGCUAAUCUGUAAAUAUUUACUGUGCCGCUUCCUAACCAAAUGCAGGUUUUAACGGAGCUGAGCAAUUCUGCAAUUAUGUGAUCACAAUGGUUUGUUUCUGUAUUGAACAAUGGUAAUAUUUUCACAAAUUACAAGCUGAUUAUGCUGUCUGUUUAAAGAAGAUCCUGAUAAUGACAAGAGCCUGAAGAAACCAGUUUGUUGGUUCAACAGAUACGGCUCCAAGUCUCUGUUAGCAGUGUAAGCUUUGGUUUUAGGCAGGGCUGCACAGCCAAGUGUGAAUUUAUCAAUAUUCCAAUAGGAGCAUUCACAAUAAAAGAAAUGAAAAAUCCUAAUUAUCAUGAUGAAUUAGAAUGAAAGAAUUUCUUUACACCCAGCCCGUUUAAAUGUUAAAAUCUUGUCAGUUUAAAUUUAAAUAUGAGCUCAAGGCAGAGAGAAACCUUGGCGCUUCCCAUUUAGUGUCAGAAAUCGUAAAAGCAUGUCAACACAACAGCAUCCGGAAAGAUAAACAUACAGCCGGUUCUGUUUACUGAAAGCUGAAAAUAUCAGCUGUGCGUCUUCUAUGGUUAGAAACGUGACUUUUUGACCCCGUCGCCGUCUCAUAUUCUCCAACGAGUUAAUGAGUCUCAAUUGAAGCAACAAGACCCUGUCCUCUUCUCCAUCUCCUUCUGAUGUGAUGAAGUACAACUCAAUCAAUCAAGCGCGGGCUGUGGAGGUCAUCCUCGGUGUAAAGGUUGUGUUUUGCUGAUGAUUUGGAGGGAGAAUGGCCGUUACGUUCUCUGCAUGUGUUCACCACAGAGGCUGAUAACUGGGCAGGUCUGGUCCCAUGCACUGCCUUCACAUUUGGCCUCCUUUUUGUACACUGCAGCAGUUUCACACAGACAUUGAUCCUCUUGCACACCAGUGUAAGGUUACAUCAAUACGGCUGGAGGAUGGAGCAGCUCUGGGUUCGUUUUUUUUUUUAACCCUCAGCAGCAAAAACAGGUCUGAUGAUCCGAUUUCAGGUCUGCAACACAUCAGACUUGGUUUAUCAUCAGUCCAGGGUCUCUAUAGUCAGAGUAGCAUGAUGAAAAUUAAGACCUUUAUUUACUGAGAUCGUCUUUUAUUGGCUAACAACCCAACAAACCUGUUUUUACCAUUGAUUCACGCUCUCCGUGUGUUUCUUUUAGUCAAUAAAUCCUUUUGGUUCAAACUCAACUCAAGAUUUCUGCAGACAAGGUUCAAAAGUGUCUUUUGAACACCGUUAAUCAUUAGAAGACAAGUGUUGUUGUCGUCUUAAAAGCCCCAAACACCUUGCAUAGAAAAGAAAGUGAAGUCCAUUUAUUUUUAAUCCACCACUCAAGUACCUGCAGCAACAAAAAAGUCCAAAUAGCUGACUAAAAGCAAUGUUUGCUCGGGCUCACUGGGUUGAUUAUUUACUCUGUAAAAAGUUAAAACCCAUCACCAGUCUAUUGAUUGAGUGGAAACAGAGAAUCUCUGAAGCCUUUAUGAAGCUCUGAAAGCAAUACAAGAAUACUUUCUAAAAUGAUUUUUUUUGUGUUGGGGCUGAGGAGGCUGGAUAUUCAUCUGUGAUCCUGCGUCUGGCUUGUAAACACUGAAUCAAUAUGAAGCCUAAGGCAGUAUGGCUGAAAUGAAAUAACAAUACAUUUGAUGCACACAGGGGUUGUAAUUCAUCCCUACAUCCAACCCAUUUGGACUGGGACUAAACCCUGCACUCCUCUGCUGCAGUGAUUCAGGUGUUUCAGAGGCCCUGAACCAGCUCUGUCCCAUCCCUCCCCCUCCAUCUUUUUUUCUAAUAUGUGCUUCUACAUUAUGCAUCAGGCUCCAAAAGCACAGGUGUGUUUGUUAAGGCCAGAUGUAGCCUCUUUUUCCCAUCGGGUCCAACUAGCCUGACUGCCUCCUUCUGGGGUCAUGUAUCAUUCUGAGCAUUAACACAAAAAAAAGCACCAGUUCAUGCUCACGGAGGUAAAACUGUGACUAGAAACAGCAUUGGAGGGUUGGGCUGGGGAAGUCGUCGUCCACACAAAAGUAACACUGGAUAAAUUAAGACCGUGACGAGGUGUUUGGUCGUCUACGUAGGCCGCAGAGACAUGGAGAGUUUUGGUGUGCUUUUACAGAAAGCUAUAGUGAGAAAUUUGUAAAUAUAUGAAUGCACACAGUUUUGGCUGUGAACUGGCAGUUUUUAAUAUUUCUCUGUUUUCUCUAGUGGACAUGGGUCUUUAAGUAUAUGGAGGAUAACACAACCUUUCACCAGUUUACCGCUCCUCCUUAGAAAAGGAAAACUAAGAGAACCUCUAGAAGAUUCACCAUCUCUGAGUGAACUGAGCUGAAACUAAACCCACUCCUGUUGACUUAAUGAAUCGUGUUUAUUAUGUGUGAAAGGCGCAGCAGGUAACCUUUGUAGAAAUGACACAAUAAUGUUAUGAGAGGUUUUCAAAGGCCCACGGCCUCUUGAAACACACUCGCCACAUUAAUGACUAUCUAAACUUUCACUACAAUUAUAAGUCAUCCUAACUCCAUAAUUGCCACGGAGGGGAUUUUCACCUGCAGCAGCAGCAGCAGCAGCGCUUUGUUCCAACCUGCUCCUGGUAUCACUGGGCUGAGUAUUGCCACACAGGACAAUCCAGUUGAAAAAGCAGCACAGAGGUUCAAGUAAUUAGAGGAAAUCAUUUGAAAGUGUAUUUUUCUAAAGGCUGACACCAUCUGAUGCUAUAAAUCUUACAUACUCCGAGCCAGUGAAAGCAAAUGUAAAAGAUUAUUUGCAAACGCUGCAAGGCUCUGAACCUUUUUAUAACAGCAGCAGCGUAGAGCCUGCAGUAAAGAGACUAAAAUAACAUACAUAUUUAAUUGAGCUUCACCCCCUGUGAGGAAGCAGAGGUGUAAGCUUGAGGAAGACAUGAGCAGACAGUUUGAUCUGCUGCACGGUCACUGAUUGAAAUUAUAAUCAUGGUUAUUAUGCUGGCUGUUAUGAUCCGAGUUUAGAAACCCUCACUCCUCCAUGUUAAAGCAGGAUUCUCUUCUUAUUUGUAUUUGAGUCACAGUGUUACAGUGUGCUACACAUAUUUGUGUUCAUUACACAAUAACACAAACUAACCCUCAGUGUUUGGUUAGACCAGCAGCUCUCGUAGUUUGUGAGGUUAAUUGCUGAUUUUGUCAGUUGGGUUUGGUGGCUUUGAAGAGUGUGAUUCUGCUUUGAAAACAGUCGUUCUGACUUUUUCUUCUGCUGUUUCUUCAUGUGAUUUUGUCAAACACUCGUAAAAAACAAAUAGAGAUAGUCAGAUAUGGAAAAAAAAAAUCAUCUCUCUUAUUUUGAUCCAGUUCUCCUGCCCUGAAAGACGAUGAAACUUUCCCGUCGAUGUGUGGAAGAGGGCGCAGGUUUAGAAAUACACAGACUCUCCUUCAGUCAUGUGGUAUUAACAGAAGAAGUACAGGUCUGCAGGGCCAACAAGAGUUCAACCUGUUUCCAAAAGGGUCACAUGUUCAACAUCCGGUACAGGCAUUCAUCCUGUCAGCACGUCCUUGAGCAAAAGCUUACCUGCUCAGCUUAUUGUAAGUCAGGCCGUGUAAGAGCAUCAGCUAAAAGCCUAAAAUGUAAAUGCAGUCAGAGCGCACCUCUGUAAUGGGAAGUCGAUGAAUUGUCCCUGUAAGCAUUACUGACUCAAAUUAAAACUAAUGAUAGGGAGGACAGUAAGUCGAAGGUUGAAAACAGUUUCACCUAAAGCGAGGAGGCCGUGUUUUUCAGCGGUACCACCAGAGUGUGUCAACAUGUGGAUAUAGAAUCCGCACAGGACUAUUUUAUCAUAGUCUAGACCACUGGAAGUGUUGGCACCCUGGAGAAUAGUCCCGAUCGGUCCUUUACUGUAAUUAAUGCAUCCUGCAGAUGUUGCUUUAUGUGCUUGGGAGAGUUUCAGUCUAGACAGGCUGGCUGCUCAGACGGAGAGGCCCUGCUUUGAUCCUUGAUUAAAAACUGCGAGCUGUACAUUCAUCAUGCUCUUGUUUCAGGCUCUCUCAAGAGUCCUCGCCUGCUUUAUGCUUCCUCCUCGUCCUCCUCCUCUUCUUCGUUUUCGUCCAUCUCACCAAGAUUCCUCACUGCCGUGAAGGUCGCUGUAACCUCUUAUCACCAGAACCACCUAAAGGGUAAUGGGUUCUCGGGGACGCGGCGGGGCCAGGGUGAACACUGUUCGCCGGUGAUAAUGUGGGUUCAUCAUCCCGCCAUUAUUGUGGCCGUCACUUUGUGUUACUGUCUAAUAAACCUCAAAUGCCAUUUAGGAUGCAGCCGUGUGAGCUGAAAACAUCAACAGGUCUUUGGUGUGACAUUUAUUAUCCUGUUAGCAACACAAAUAACACAUUUAGAGAAUUGAAUGAGGAAUAAGCUUGUAAAUCAGAACGCAAAUCCUCCUGAAGACUGAAAUAACAUUAUGCUUAUCAGUGCUGUUGGCAUACAACCCGAGUUAAAAAAUGGUUCAAAUGGAUCAAAAAUGGACAGCCUCAGAGAGAGAGAGAGAGCAUUCAGAAACUUAGCACUGUUAUCUCUCACAUUUGCACCUUGUAAAUAACUUCCUGACGUUGAUUAUUAUGACACCUGCGCUGCAAAACAAGGUGAAAAAGAUAACACCCUCCAAGAGUUUGAAGGAGAUUUACUUUUGCACGGUUAAAGUAAAUGUUUUUAAAAGUAUGAAGGUUUCCCAAGAAAUGUGUAAAAGCAUCUAUAUGGGAACUUCAAGGCAACAUGUGUAGAAAUUUGAAUAAUUAGUGAUAUCUUUGAUCUCUUUGAUCCAAGUAUGACUCUCUCAUUGUCAAAAACAUCCAUUAGUACAGAUUCUUCUUCUUCUUCUUCUACAUCCCCCUCUUAGUCUUUCAACUUUGAGCAUGCUCAAACAGAAACUCUUAAAUACAAAAACACAGUUGUGAGUAACUCAGAUAAAGACGGGGGUGUGUGUGAUGCAUUUAAAAUAAUCCCAGAAAUGACGUCAUAAUAAGCUGAAAUACCAGUGUGGUUAGCUAAAUGUAAUUUUUAUUGCAUAGCUCUGUGGGUGAAGCUCUUUAAUCUGACUUGUCUCGGACACUUGUGGCUCACUUGUUUCUUAAACCUCUGUGUUGAUUUGCCGGUGAGAGAAAAGAGGGGAUCUGUUUGGUCUGGAAACUCUUUAUGGUUGGGUAGUUUUCCCUCCCUGGGAAUAUUGAUGGGAAGGAGUUUUGUAAUGGCAGUGAUUUCCUGGUAAUCACUGAGUCAUCAUUGGUAUUGAUACAGGAGACUAAAAGCCCUGCAGAUACUGUAUAUAUUACUGUUACCCUCUGCAUCAGGGAGAGCCACAAUUCUUAUCUUACUGCACAUGUAAUAAAAUCCCAAUUAAAAAUACACAUUUAUUUUGGCUGUGAGGGACCUUGUGACUUGUAUGCGUCAUUAGUUUACACUAAAUAUAAAGACGAGGCCAGGAGUCAGCGAGGUCGUCCGAUGGCUGCACGGAUGAAAGAACGAGGAGGAGGGGGAUUUAUUGACUUCCAGCGUUUAUUGGUGUGUCUUGUACAAAUGUGAACCUGGGCCGUGCAAACAGUGAACAUAAUUGAACGGCAGACAUCAUGUCUUGGAGGGGCCACGUGAGAUGACUCAGAAUGGGGAGGUCUAUUAGCAACACACAUCAGCAGUCGCAGCAGUCUGUCAUUUAGCAUGGGCUAGCCUUGACCACGGAGUGUAUUUUUGUACACUUUUAGCUCCCCACCACUCAUGUUUUGUUUUUUCUGCAGGAGGGGGACGCCAUAGUGCAUUCUGAUUACACUGACUGUAAGGGUCCCUGCAAUAUGAGCUGUGAUGCUGUUUCUCCAAAGGUUUUAUUGCAAGUCUGCAUUACCUUGUGAUGGGUGCUUGAGGCACAUUCAAUAGCUUUACAGCAGUGGAUUAUGGGAAAUAUCUUUCACUGAACUGGACUCUACUCACAAAGGACCAAUCUCCUCAUAUAUAUAAUAGCUUGUCUGCCAGCCGCCCUCCUCCCCCUCUCUCCCGCCAUUCUCCCCAUCAUUGAUUGCUUGUUUUAUAAAAAUGAAUUGAAAUGCCCAUGCUGCAGGCUUUGCGAUAUUGCAAUAUCACUGCAAACUCAAUACACCGUACAGCUUUAAGCCCAAGUGGCACUUAACACACCCUUCAAAUAAAUCCAGACAAUCCAGGCACAGAGAGGAUGGAGGAGAAGGGGGCUUUUUUGCAGAUCCUUAUAGCAGAGAUAAUGAGGAGUUUGAAAUCGUGCGUCCUGUAAAGAAUCUCCGGCAUGCAUUACGCACAGGGCACACAGGCUGGUAUGUACUUCUUGUACAAAAUGGUCCAGUCCACCCAGCCUCUCUCCUCCUCCUCCUCCUCCUGACCUGUCCAGCAGCCGGCUCCAUCAGCGCUAAUUGAGGCGGAGACCAAUGGGCGUUUGUCGCUCGGGCAUACCAGCAGGGAUUAAAGGGAUUGGAUUCAGUUGCUGAGUGCUGUGGUUUUUAAUGCCCCCCUCCUCCUCCCUUUCCACCACCUCGCCACCAUGCCCCCACCUCCUGCCCCUGUGGAAAGAGUGCAGUCUUUGUGACCGGCUCACCCAAGCCAACCCGACCACCCCUGCCAUGUCACGACACCAUCUGAUUGGGCAUUAAAGCAGGGCUCCAGCUAAACCCCGUCUACUGUAAAACAGCGUCUGGCUGUGCUCAGUCUACACUCUUACCUCUCUAUUCAUUCGGCCGCUGCAACAAGAUUACUACUCCUGCUGGAGCAAAUAUGAAACUAAUAUCAUUAUACAUUUCCCCCUGAAAUACAUCAAGUCAUCCAAAGAACAAACCCCAUCUGUGCUCUUAUCUUUCCCCUACAUCUCCUCUAUAAUAUUUUUAUGAUUAUUACCAUCAGAUGAUAGAGCUCUCUCACAGAGACAAACGUGUUAUCAAACUUGGUGCCAUGGGACUUGAGAAUCAGCCGCUAGCUCUAACAUAGUGUGCGAGUUACGUUCAGGUGGUGACCUCGCCAUAGGCCGCUCAUCUCCCAUGAUGCUCUGGUGUCUAAUGCCUGUGAUAGUUAAACAGUCAUAAACAGUGUAAAGAAUAUCUCUAUCCAAGCAGGCCAGGAGCUGCCUGGAAGGCAAGUGGUGGUGUGAAUGUCUAACCAGCAGUGCACUUUCAGUGGAGGGGAGGAAAGCAUGAUGUCGUCGGAGAAGUGAAAAACUAAUUAGUUUAUUUUAAUGUUGUAAAUCAAAUGUCUAAGCAGUUUACACCCAUCUGUGGGAAAAUAACAGCCUAUAUCUGAACAAGAAAACCAUUCCAUAGUGAUAAGAAAACCAGUCAGAAAAUACAGAGGGUAAAAUUAAAAAAAUUAUUUGAUUCGCAAUCAAGGAUUUGAAACUGUUUAAAAGCUGAUGAAGCAUCAAGAAACUCAUACAUUCCUCGCAGGAAUGGUUCCUUAUCUGGUCCCAGGACACAGGAUCAUAUAAAUCUUUCCAGACUAGCUUGGAUUUUCAGGUUACCCAACUGAUCUGACUGGUGGUUGACCUAAACCUCUGGCUCUUCACAGUUGGUCACUUCAGAGAACAGAGACAGAGUUUUUAUUACUCUUUAAACUGACUCCAUCACUGACCAUCUAGAUCAGGGGUGGGCAAUCAUGUGCCAUGGAGGGCCGAGAGGCUGCAGGUUUUCUUCCCAACCCAAAACUCCACCAGGGGAUUUCACUGAUUAGUCCCUGCUCUCUGCUUGGAGGUAGUCAGUGAAAUCACCUGGUGGCCCUCCAUGGCACAUGGUUGCCCAACCGUGAUCUAAAUAAUCAUUAAUGCUUCACACGGGGCACCAAAAUAACAAGUGGAGAUUUGAAUUUAUAAUAAAGUCAUGAUUCAUUAUUAUUAUCAAUUAUUAAUCUUAGGACAUUUAUUAUAAACUCAAACCGCUACACUGAUCUCCUAAACUCAGUAAAAACUUGAAAUACUUGCAGUAAAACAGUCUUUGGACUGUGUCUGAUAAGGUCCAGAUCAACAAGUUGGGAAAGUAAUCUGUGAUGUAUUCUGGUCAUUUCUCAGAAAGAGCCUUGAAAAUAAACACACACCAUUACAUCUGUUAAAUCCCACUGCCAAAGAGGACAACCCAACCUUUUUUAGAUAAAGUGCAUCCAUGUGUUAUCAGGAUCCAAAAGUACAGGUGAAGUGAAAUAAGGUGAAAAACUGAAUCUAGAGCAGAUACAGAUGCGUGCACGUAAAUCACAUCUUCAUCAUCCAAAACAGAGAAAAGAGCUCAAGUUCCUCUGCCAAACACACACUGCACUGUCCACUGUAAGAGUAUUAAUUAAAAUUCAUUAGUGCAAUCCUCAGAGGUCGUCUGCCAAAUGCACGCAGUUAUCUGCACGUGCCAAAGUUGUAUUUAGUCGUGUCUUGAGUCAGUGAUGUUGGGCAGGAGUGUCAAAUUGCACCAGCAGUGACAACAAAUUGCUGGCAGACAGCAGCUUGACCCCUGACCUCUGCCUCACUUCUUCAUUAAAAAAAAAAAUCAUCGCUCACUUUUGUUUUUACCUCCAGUUGCUCACAUUCCCACACAAACCAGCGCCCCAAACCGCCAUACAUCACCCCGAGUCUAUUUCAUCUAAGAGCGGACGCAGAUGAUAAGUUGAUCCUUAGAACAAAUUCCAUCAUAACGAACAAUCCCCACUCCUGGCAGCCACACAAAAAAAGCCUUGAUGAAUGAGUUGUUUACCUACUUCAGUGCAGGCCUGGCCCGCCAAAAUGCCACUUCAUUAUGAGGCUACAGAGCAGAGUGCUGCACGGACGGCCUCUGUGACCAGCCAGAGAGGAAAUUAGAUAGUAGUUCCUGGAUUCCUCAGCAGCUGUCAGGCAAAAACAUGCUCAGCUGAUGCUUUCUGAGUCUGAAAUAUAACAUUUUCCCUCUUUUGUAGUUUUUGUCUGUAUCCUUGAAGGUAAACUUCAGCUGAAUGAUGCAGAGAUCACCUGUGAGCAGAACCAGACACGUGACUGUCUUCUUUCUUGAACGUGAUGUACCGUCAGUUGAAUCAUUUUAUUGUGGUGUUAAUACAGCUGGCGAUGGAGACAAGCCAAGAGUCUAUUUAUCAAUGUAAAGGUAUGUUUUGUACUGAAACUGUGAGUCUUGAAUGCAGCCUCUGUGCCAGGUGUUAUUCUUCCCGAACGUCAGUGAUGCUGCUCAACCUCACAGGAACAAAACAUCCAGAGGAUUGCUAAAUGAACCUCUGACUCAGUGUCUGCUUUAGGUUUGGAGUAAAGACAACCGAACCCCAGGGCCUCAGCUGGCUAACUUCCAGAGCAGCUACGUUCAAAUUUCCUCCAACAUUUGGCAAGUUGUCCGUGGUCAUUUCCCACCCAGCAUGCCCCUCACUGCCCUGGCUGCACAUCAGACCAGAACCACCUCUUCUACCUCGUAGCCUCUCGCUUACAGAUAAAGAGACACGUUUGAACACACAGGAUGAGAUGUAGCUCUGAGGAAGUCUGGCUCGUGGUUGAGAUAGGAGGAGGAGGAGGAGGAGGUUGAGAGAGAGUGUUUCAUUUGAGUAACAAAGUGAAUUGAAGUCAUUACUUCUUACUUCUAGUUGUACUUCUUUUCUCAUCAGAGCUAGAUUCGGGUAAAGCCAAAUCUGACUCCUGUCACUUCCUCUGUAUUUGGACGUAGCUUCAGAACGAAACUGUCUAAACCUUUGUAUCUCAUUUACAGGCUUUGAUUUUGCAGAAUAUCCAUGGCAUUGCUGGAAAUCAUCUUUGCUCCACACAUCAUUUCUUGAACAUUUAAUCUCUGAAAGCUCAAAUCAAUUCUGCAGAUCCAGUUUCCUUUUGAAGCCUCAGGUGAAUUGAGGCCAGCAGCGAGUUGGCUGUCAGCCUUCAGGUCUAUCACGGUGCAUCUUGCUAUCAAAGAGUAAAGCUUCGCCCUCUCGUGUUCGCGGUGUCACGGCCUCUCACUGUGAUUCUCAGAUUCAGCUGCUCUGAAUUGACUCUACCUAGCGUGACCUCCUUGGCUGUCACACAAAAGAUUGAGUUUUCAGAGCCGGCUGCAGAUAAUCAGUCAUUUCCUCCUUUCACAGCAUCUCUGCCAAGCUAACAAUCUUUUCCAUCUUUAUAUCACAGUAUCUGUGGGGAAUCACAGCUCCUUUUUUUUGGCCUAAUUGUUCUUUAAAACUCCCCUCUAAUUGCUUUAUCUGAUCACUCUGUGGCUGCAGGAACAUCUAGAACCUACCGCUGAAUGUUUCUGAGAGUUUCCCUUGAAUAGACGUGAAGAGAGCAUCAGCUUUACGCCUCAAAUGUUAGAUUUUAAAAUGUAAGAGUGAAUUUUCUGAGGCAACAGGCUGCUAGCAAGAGGUGAACAGCAGAAUCAAACCCUAGUGGAUUGAGAAUUAGGUCGUGUGUUUUCAGACGUUUUGCAGUGGGAGGCGUUGCAGAAAUGUCCGCCCCUAAAGUAGGUCACGGUUAACCUUGAUAAAUCUGCUGUAUGACUGGAAAAGAGAGAAUGGAGCCUCUCGAAGAUGUUAUAUGGUCUUUUUGUUUCCAGGGAAGAAAGGAGGUGAAAACGGGGGGUAAAGCCAGAAGGUGCUGUGCUGAUUUGACUCAUUGGGGUCUGCCCCUUUGUGAGCAAAUAUUCAUCUUACAGGACAAAGAUGUCCUUUCUGUUCAGGAGGUGAUCAAUUAAACAUCACAAAAACUCUGUGGAGUGGAUCUGGAGUUUCUCAGAGCUGAAGCAUGAAGCUCAUAUUGUUCAAACACUUCUAUUCCUGCUAAUUUAGCCCCAAGUGAGCUGACCUUCCUCUGGGUCUCACAUUAUUUUUAAUUAACAAGACAUGUUGAUUAAGAUUUAACUGCCUUCAGCUCUUUAUUUUCCCUCCUUUUCUGGCUUUUUUUCCCUCUUUUGUUUCCAUUCUUUGGAUUCAACAUUAUGAAACUUUCCUUUUAGUCGGUAAUAAAUUAAAUAUAACGAAAGCAUCAUUCUUACAAAGGAGUCGACCUUGCUGUAAAAAUAUGGAGUUACAUUCAUCCAAACGCUGCAGUUUUUUUGCACAUCACUUAUUAUGGCAAACAAAGCCGGCCUGUGCCACUCAUGUUUGACAUUUCCAUGCGUGAAAUAUCUGUCUUAGACAAAGAGCCUUCUCUUUCUUUACUGCCUGGAUGUGUGUGCUUGUGGGUGGAAGCCCUAUUGUAUGUCCUCGCUCAGUCGCUCCAUGUAGGCUCUGCACUUGGUGACAUUAUCCGCUUUAGUGAACUCUGAGCGGAGACUUAGUCAGAAGAUUGAUUUCCCUGCUUUCUAUCCUUCAUAUCCGCCACACUGCCACGCAGCUCUUUGCCCACCUUUGGCACACGGCUCUAUAGGCAGUCGCCUCAAUUCAGAGAAGUGAUUGAUUUGUGCUCUCAACGGCUGUAUUUACAACGCAGGACUGUAUUUGCAGUUCACAGGGCUGGCAGCUUGUUCUCACACAGUGUAGUACCUGAGGGGAGGCGCUAUCAAUGGAGCUGAUGAGGCGUUGCAGCUCGCCUUGGCAAAGGAACAAAAAAGGAGCUUUAAGUGUUGCUUUUAUUCCCAGAAAUACAUUAGUUGACUGUCACUUUAUGUUAGGUCAGGUUUUCUUUGGUUCCUGUAUUUUGUAUUUACACAACUGUAGGGGGAGGAGCUAAGCACGGCCCGCUGGAUGACUUCAAACCUGAUGAAUCAAUCAUGUCAGGGAUUGUUAAUGAUUCCACAGUGGAGUUUAUCAGUUGAUCUCAGAGCGUGCGUCUGUUAUUAAAGCUGAAAAAUGAGACGGAGGGGAAGUUAAAGGUGGUGUAGUCAGGAUCUGAGGAAGUUCCAGUUUUUAGGAGAAACCUUGAAUGUAAACUCUACCCCUCCCAACCAGUUUUCCCCUCAGCUCCUCCUCUCCCCUCCCUCUCUGCUCCAGCAAGCCCCGCCCACAAACAGACGCUCCUGCUCGCUCGUAUCGUAACAGUCUACCUCCGUUUUAAGCGCCCGUUAUGCCGCCAAAAUCUCCGGUAUUUACCUUGUUUCAUUGCUUGUGUCGGCAGUCGUGGCCAAAGGAGGAUUCAGACAAUUUUCCGAACUUUCUGGUUGGUUUCUACUGUCCGAUAUUGUAGCACGCUAACUUUGUUUGGGCUCCUGAACGACACGGGGGAGCAGCGUCGGCCUCCCAACCUUUGUUUACAGUCAGAAAGAGCGGGCCCUUAAAAAAUGUAAAACGUGGACGACACAGACAUAAGAGAACACAGAGACAUCGUUAUAUCACCAAAUGUAAUAACUCAUCACUAUUGACUGAUAUUAAAGGCAAAAAAGGUGUUUCUUUAACCGAAUCCUGCCUACCCCAACUUUGAAAACCUAAACUGGCAUCUAUCAAACGUUUCGUGGACCAACUAAUCAAUAAAUGAGCCUUGGAUCAAUCAGUGAAACGAACUGUUAGCUGCAGCCGUAUUCAGCAGACCUGACUCUUCCUCCAUCCCUCAGACAGUAUUGGUUAUCACUUGUGUCUCAUGUCUUCAGUAUGGAUCAUACCUCAGCUCUCCAGCAGCACAGAUUCACUCUGUUUCCCUGCUCGCUCAUUAUUAUGGCUGGCUUGUAACCGAGUUGAUACAGGAGCUCUAAAUCACUCUGUGUAAAGUGAAAAUACGUAUGCAACAAGCACCCCAAUGCAGCAUCCGCAGCGAUCAGCGCUAGCAUGGUUAACGCCGUUACCCCAGAAGUGGCUAAUGAGCUAACCUCCCGCCUUACCUCUGCAUACCUCCUGGUAAUUAUCGCCUUCAGCUCCCAUAAGGCCCGGCGAAGGAAACAAUGCUUUAUGGCCAUCCAGGACGAGUAAAGGGAACACAAGCAGGCGCCACACAGUGGAUGCUUAAACUGCUGAAGGGCUGAUGGAGUGGAUAAACUUAGCAAACACAGGCGAGGAUUAUACACCUCAUUUUUAGACAGUCACUGCAUCCGUCAUGGGAUAGAGAAUCACACCACAGAGAGCAGGUUAUCUAAGGAGAGGGUUCAAGAAAAAACCCCAGACCUGGUUUCUUCUCUUUUCUAGCCUGAAGCUCAUCUGCAGCUGAGAAAUAUCAUCAUUCAUCAGCGGUCACAGCAAAACAUCUUUAUUUUCUUAACUCUACCAGAGGCAAACAACACCUUAAAGGCAUGAUGGGAUAUCUGAAGGCUUAGACCCGUAUCUCCUUGAUUUCAGUCAAGUCUGUACUGUGUGUAUUCUUUUCUUACGAGGGCCUUUCUCAACCAAACCUCCUCACUUUUGAUCCUGCUGCUGCUGCAGAUGCAGCUGACUAAAAGAUGUUUUGGCACCACUUCACAAGUUUCCUCUGUAAGAUUAUGAAGGCUUUUCAACUCUCUCCUUUUUGACGGAGGGUUGAAUUUUAUUUUUAUGAGAAGAAACUAAAAGAACAUUGUAAACAAACGGAGAAAGCGAUAUCUUUGCUAUGUGUUUGCUAUGAGGGUUUGUAGGAGGGAGUGAAAUAGAAACCGCAGGAACCACACACCAACUGAUGUCAUCGUCCCCUCGGCGUUAUUUAUGUGUCGUACUCGAACUCAUUUAUUCCAUGACUCUGUGACAUAACACGUGGUUUUUCUUGUCGUACACUUCUGCACAUUCUUUGGAUGGUCCAUGUUAAUUUUCUCCACAUCAUCUGGUCUCCAGCUCCGGCUAUUUUCUCCUCCUUCUCUUUCACCCUGGGCCAUUUGCUCUGGAUCUCUCAUGCAACAGUUUACAGCUCCACCUGUUGCUGUGGAAUAUCUCAGGGGCUUCAUGGGAAAGUGAAUUUUGAUGACAGGGAAAGAAAAUGCCGUCAGCGCUGCUAAGAGGCACAGCGACCUCGCCAGCCUGCCCGUGAAGUAGUCGCUCUCUCUCUCUCUCUCUCUCUCUCUCUCUCUCUCUCUCUCUCUCUCUCUCUCUCUCUCUCUCUCUCUCUCUCUCUCUCUCUCUCUCUCUCUCUCUCUCUCUCUCUCUCUCUCUCUCUCUCUCUCUCUCUCUCUCUCUCUCUCUCUCUCUCUCUCUCUCUCUCUCUCUCUCUCUCUCUCUCUCUCUCUCUCUCUCUCUCUCUCUCUCUCUCUCUCUCUCUGUUUUCCAUCCACAGACCUGCUGCGGUGCUCUCAGGACCUGGCGUUAGCAUUAACUAGCUCUACAUAAGCAGACGUUUUAUUGAAAAAUACAUGAUCCUCCUAAAGGUAGCCUCCAUUAUGCAAGCGGAGCCCUAAUUUCUGGAAGCUUCUGCUGUGAGUAGAGUCGAUGCAGGCAGGGCAGAGCAGGACACACUCCCUUUUCAGGACUUAAUUUCCCUGGCAGGGGAGAGUGGAUAAUCAUCGUUUAAAUUGGAGCAUUAUUCUUUAUUUGCCCUGCGCUUUCUGUUGAAUAACAGAGCGUUUCGGUGCAUUAAAAGGAACAAUAAAUAACAGGGGUAAAGGUUGCAAGAUUACAAAUGAUUGCAGGCUGGAAGAAUAGAAAAAGAGAGGAAUUUAAAGUUUAUGAAACAGCUAUAAACAAAUAAAUGAAAGAGGCUUUUUUUAUGAAUUAUGCUCCGCUAAUAGUCUGGUAACAUCUGCCCAGGAGGGUUUCUUAUACAGCAACAACAAAAAAAAGCAAACUGUUGAAGACUUCAAGGAAAAAGUACAUUUAAAAGGAGAUUAUCCUGGCCUUGUUUUUACAGAUUAUUAAAGGUGCAGGUAGAAACUUUUCUGACUAAUACUCCAAGUUUGAGGAAGUUGAUAACCUCUUGACACACGCACACGCCUUUCUUUUCCAGGGCGUGAUGAUCUUCACAUAAACACGUUAAGUAAUAGUUUCACAAUCAGAGAGGAGGAAGCUGCCUGUUUGAGUUUGUGACUUUUUUUUUUACCGUCAAAAUCACUAAAAUUACCUUGAUAAGCUCUGGAAUCAUAAAAAUAAUACUGAGAUAAUGUUAUGAGCUGUUUGGUUUGUAUCUCCAGAUGAGAAAGCGAACUCAAGGCCUCCGAUCUUCAGUCUAAAGUGGACUAACUCUCUGACAGCUGAUGAGAGGCGGCGGCAGCAGUGCUAAACUGACGAGCUGUCAUACAGAGUUUUCCCCUGGAUAUCGGUUUGCGGAAAAGCUGCCGUCUGGAAAUCAGAGUCCCCUUUAUUUUGGCGGGGAGAGGAACUGUCGUCUCACCAUCAGCUGCUUUUUAUUGUUCAUGUUUGAGGAGGUUUCACUUUUCAUUGGUUUGUUUUCGGUCUGAGAGGUGAAAUGUUUGGUGACUUUGUUUUAUUCUGUACUCUGGGGCUGUAAAGGUGUGUCCUUCCUCCAGUUAUUGAUACAAACAUUAAUGAUCUCUGAGAUUUUGGUGGUUUGUCCAUAAAUGUCUGAGAGAGCAGCUGUUAUUUUCUCCUCAAAAUAAAAAAGUCAACAUAAAGACGUGUCCUCUGUGUCCCCUGCAGGUGCCAUCCUGGGACGCUCGGAGACGCAAGAGUGCGCCUACUACAACUCCAGCUGGGAGAAGGAGCGCACCAACCGCAGCGGCAUCGAGCCCUGCUAUGGCGAGAAAGACAAGCGGCGGCACUGCUUCGCCACGUGGAAGAACGUGUCCGGCACGAUCGAGGUGGUCAAGCAGGGCUGCUGGCUGGACGAUGUCAACUGCUACGACAGGUACGUCAUCAUAAAAAAGCAGGUAGAAAAUAGCCGUGAAAGACAUGUGGAGUGACCUUAAUGUUCUUCCAGUUAUUUCUUUUUAAGGCCACCACCUCAGUCCAACACUUGUCACCUCUGCUUCAAAAUCCAGUGAAUCUUUUUGCACUUUUAAUCAAAGUCCUCGCUGAAAAAAAAACCCAGAGAGUUGUUGAAAGCAGCCGCACAUGUCUCUCCAACAGGACAAAAGCUGCACAUCCUGACAGAACGCUGAAUCCUGAGUACAUUUAGAAACACCUUGAGCGCAGUUUUUGUCCCUCUUGAUUACUCGUGUAUAUAAAAGACUCCCACAAGUGUGCUUUCUAAUUACCAAAGGUGUCUGAAAUCUCCAAUUCUCAGCGAGUCUCUUCAUAGAACAGAUUCAGCCGGAUGUAUGCGUCCGAGCUGGGAUCAGUAAACAGAUAUUAAUAGAUGGUUUUAUUAUAGUUUCUUCCUUGCUGGAACAUCGUCCCGGCAUCAGAAGCCGGUUUGAGCCGGUUCUGCUCGUGUUUGUCUUCUUUGAUUCCUGAGCGAUAAAGUUGCUGUAGAUUCUGGAGCCCGCUCAGUUUGGGUACCUCUGCUCAGACGGCGCCGCCUCGCCUCCCUGGAGAGUCCAGAGCAAGUCGAGGGCGGCUGCCACUUCCUUUGGCUUUUAUCUGAUGACUGUGCGAGUGUGAAAGCGUGUGUACGUGCGCGCGUGCGUGUGUGUGUGUGUGAUUGUUAGAGCACAUGUGUGUUUAUUUGCAUGUGUGUGUGUUGGAGAUGUGUGGGAGUUAUUUUAUAAAUGUUUUUCUUUCACUUCUACUGCAGCAGAGAGGGGAUGGAGAGGAAGGAGAGGAGUGUGUGCAUGUGUGUAAGUGGUCCACUUGUGUGUGUGUGCGUGUCUGCUUUGUUUGUGUAAGUGUUCCUCACUGAUGAAGUUCCUUUUUGCACACAAGAGAAAAAAACCAACUGCAUCCAUGUGAUUGGCGGUGUGCAGUGAGAGGAGAGAGUGUUUGGGAGUGUGUGCUCUUCGUUCCUAAUUUCCACGUGUCUGUUCUUUUUGCAGUGAUGAGUGUGUGGAGAGGAAAGAGAAGCCUGAUGUCUUCUUUUGCUGCUGUGAAGGCAACAUGUGCAACGAGAAGUUCCUGUACGCUCCAGAAGCGCCCCCACAGAGCGACCCGCACCAUUCGACCGCCUACAGUAUGUACAAUCCAACAUGUACUCACAUACACACACAGGGAUAUGUUCCUCUAUCUCAGCUUUACCAAAACAGGGUUUACUUUUUAAGAGUCUUCUUUCAUCUCCUUCUUUGCUUUCCUUCUCUCUUUCUUUUCCAACUUCACCUCCUUUUCUGGUUCGAACUGUUAGUUACCAAAGAUCUCUGUGCAGAAACAAACGUAGAAGAAGUCGUAAGCACGGCUGCCUCUGUCUGCAGGGGUGAAUACAGUCUGUGAGGUUAAAUAUAUUUCCUGUGAGAUUGAUGUUGAAUCAACUUUUGCCUCUGCAGUUUUUGUGAACUGCCACAGAACACCGCCACAUUAUCCUUGCUUUAGUUUGAGGACACAGCCCUCGACAAAGUGUGUGAUGUAAGGCACUUGUGUUCUGGAUAUUUGCCAGCUGCUGAGCUCCCAGGUGUCAGAAGCAUUUAAGGUAGCAAGUUUGAGAAAGACACAUGACAGGGUCAACACGGAGGUGCUCUAUCCUCCGCAAAAAGGACUAAAAUCAUCUCAUUUGGGCCGCAGGUUCGAAGUCAACCUAAAACAUCAACAUAUGAGCUUCUGAUUCUGCAAAAAAUGAGCGAAUACAUUUCAGUGAAACCCAUAAACAAGCUUCCCACUCUCAACCGCUGCUUUAUAUUUAAGCACAGUGCCUUAUAAUGAUGCAUUUAUUGCUGCUAAUGCAUUAGCAUUGAGUUGACUUUUACUUACGAUGGUAUAAUUGAUAGUAGGCCAACAUCUAAAUGAGUUAUCACGGUGCAUAAAACAACAGUGAAGGACAGAUGACACUGCAGACAAGACUGGAGAAGAUGAGAGGAGACACUGAGAUGAGGAGCAGGAUUUUUUAGGGGUAAUUAGCUCAGAGUCACAUGAGCAUAGCUGAUGUAGUGUCCCUGAAUUAACCAACACACAACCCUGAGCAUGCAUGUACCAACAAACGGACGCUCUCUUGUCCUUGCUCUCAUCGCUCGGCAGCUAGGUUGUCUCUUUGCAUUCUUUUAAAAUCUGACUUCUUCAAACCUGCAGACACCCUGCAGAGGAAAACUUUUCACAAACACCCGCAGAGUCCCAUGAUGCAGCUGGUGCAAACCCCUCCGCCCCCCCUGUGGUCAGUGUCCAGGGCGUCGUCGCUCUGACAGCACUGCCGAAUCAGACUGUCACACCUUGUGAUGGGGAGGACAGGCUGAGCCAGCAGGCGUCACCCAGCGCCUCCUGCAGGGGUCGGACACAGUUCAGAGCUCUGUUAUUUUUGGCAGGCGGAUUACGUUAUGUCACGAGAUGGAUUUGCUAAUCCUGCUGUGUGUGUGCGUGUGUGAGUGUGUGUGCGUGCAAUGAUAUGAUCCCUGAGCACAGUGGCAGUAAGCUGUGAGCACGGCUGCUGCAGCACUUAGAGAUGAUGUUGCACAAAGUCAGGCCAAUCAGGCAUGCGAUUUUUUUCUAUUUUUGACUUCCAUCCUCUUUUUUUUCCUCUCAGUUUUCUCUUUUUUUAUGUUUUAUACUUAAAUGUCGCUUCUCUUAAAAUGCUGUUUUGAUGAUUUUUUUCUCUUUCUUUCUCUGCUGCAGCCACCUCCAACCCAUUUUCCACGAAGCCCCAGCUCUUCAGCACUCUGCUCUACUCCCUGGUUCCCAUUAUUGGCCUGGCCGCCGUCGUCCUCUUCUCUUUCUGGAUGUGGAGGCACCACAAACUGGCCUACCCGGCUGCCCUCGUCCCCACACAUGUAAGUCUGAGUGAGGCCGUUCCUUCGUCCUCAUCUUUGCUCAUCACUGUACUGUGUUUCUAGAGGUCACCUGUCAAUCAAAGUGGCAGCAGGGACAGCGGUGUCCCCUUUCUUCAAAGUUGCUGUUGAAGCAGUUAGAGUUUCUCUUUUUGUCUGUUCAGCCGUGGUGGCCACUGCAUCCCAUUUCAUCUGUUAAUUGCAAACAAAGGAGAAAUGUAAAACGCCGCAGUUCCUGCACGGACCAAAACCUUGGAAAUAAACAAAGAAAUAACCAUCGCAGUUCAAAAGUGCCGUGUGCCAAGACUGCUUGAGCAGCAAGGUUUAAAAUCUCUCAGUUUAUCGCUCAGACUCAGCUCAGCCUGAUUUGGUCGAUUUUUAAAAUCUCUGGUCUUAGUUGGACUCAAGUUUGCAGAAUGACACAAAAGCCCGUCCUCCUUUCUUCGGCUCCAUCACCCGGCUAGUUUCUCAGUGGGCUCGUCCUCGGCCUUUGCCUCAUACUGAAGGACCCCACCUCCAGUUUGCUUCUGUCUAAGUUCAGUGUACACAUAGAACAGAGAUCCUGGUUACUCCCAGAUUUCCUCUGUAGGCAGACCUUCAUAGUCUGCUUUUAAAGCUCCAGGCCGGAGUGUCUGGAGAUGACUGUAGCUAAGACGGCUUAUCUUGUAUUAAACAGACUUUCAUAUCAAAACUGUUCAAACUGAUCUUUUAGUUUUCAGUUCAUAUCUUUUAGCUUCAAUCAAAAUAAUUAUUUGAAGCUACAUUUUUGUCACGCACUCAUUCAUUGACUCGUCUUUCCUCCUUACUUGCUCAUACAAUCCUUUUUUCUCUCUCUAUGGCUCAUUAGUUGGAAAAAAAAGCACAUUAUGCUGGUUUCAUCAUCUUUGUAAACCUUCCUAACUCUUCCAAAUCCUCAUUUUUGUUUCCUGCAUCUCCCAAAUCCUGAUUCAUAGCGUGUUUUUUGCAGUUGUGUGGCGGUUUGAGCCGAGGAGCGAGCGUAUAUUCUCUGCUGCUCAGCAGCAGCAGCAGGGGAAAAAGAAAACCCAUGCAGAGCCUCCACAGUAUGGAAGAGGAGUCAGGGGCCUCUGCAUUAUUGAUGAGGCUUUAUAUAGGCAAACAAAACUAAACACAGAGGCGCUCAGAGCUCUGCCUCAGAGGAUGGAUGGUGGUGGGUGGGUGGGUGGGUAGGAGGGGAGCGCGUGGGAGGAGAGUGAACAGAGACAUGCAAUUCUCUCAGCUAAGUUAUUGUAUUUGCACAGUGCUAAAGCAUAGAAGGCAGAAGAUAAAGAGACAGUGAUACAAUACAGUCAGGAAACAAAUGCUAAUGUGCACUGGAAAAAAAAAACAACAACAACAGCAUUGCUAGGAAACGUCUUACCUGGAAAGAUUUUAGAAAUGAAUAAAUAAAGUUGCUUGAAAGCAAACAAGAUCACGAGCAAAGACGAUCAGAUAACGAACGAUGACACAGUGGAAAAAAACAAACAGCUGAAAUAUUCAUCAAAUCACAAGGGGAGAAAAUCAUGAAAUGAAAUAGCCGAGAUGGAACAAAUGAAGUCAUACUGGAUCUGUGUGUGUGAGUUUGAGUGUGUGUGUUUGUGUGCAGGAGUGUAUUAGUGCAUGAAUGAGUAGGUGUACAAGGACAAGAGAUGGAAAGGAGGUCACGCGUACAGGAAUGUAGUUAAAAAUCAGCUUGUAUGCUUUUCUGUAAGGAGCUGAUGCAAUAAACCCCACCCGGCCGCUACAUGAAGGAGGCGAAAACAAACUCGCUCUCACCGUCUGAAACACUUAAAAUUGCUCCGGCAUCUGCGGCUUGUUUGGUACUUGAUUAAAGCAGGUUUUUCAAUAUGGGAGAAGGAGGAAUCCCAUCGAGAGCUGUGAGAUAGAUGCAGCAGGAGGGGAGAUGUGGAGGGAUUUCUCUCUAUCUUCUUCUUUUUUUCCUCUCGUUGUUGAAGAAUGUGUUUUUGUGUUGCACCACAGGCUGUAUUAAAAAAGCCGGGGUGACUCCUGAAAAUCACUCAAACCGCUCACUCUCAGAAAGUCGUGGAGGACGGCUUCCAGCGGUUCUUCCUCUGUUGAGAGUGAAACACACGCCUGAACCCCCGUCUUCUCCUGCCAACACCUGCCUGAUGCAAUCACACAUAUAGAUAUAUACGAGGACUUUCUCUGCUCGAUGAGAUAUCUGACACAUGAAAUAUCACCUGUGAGAAAAGGACUAAAACUCCAGUCGUUAGAUUCAUAGAUAAAAAAACAAAUGAAUCUCACAAAAUCACAUUUUUGAUACUGCAGGACACGUUCUACGUUCAUGUGUUUUCCAAAGGCUGUCGAAGAGGACUCCUUCAUUUAAAUAAAAAGAUCACAUUGUGUUUUUUUCAGUGCUUCAGCCUCAAAACGAAGUGUUUGUCUCUGAUCCUCAUGGACAAACUGGCCCUUGAAAGAUAAAAUACACGCACCGCAAGUUAUUGUUUCGCCGCUGACAGGCUCCGAUUGUUUUUCUUGCUGUCAAACAAAAAGUCUCAAGGAUAAGGAACUUUUUUUCCUCAAAGAAAAAGUUCAUGUUUUUUCAGAAGGUAGAAACAGUUGUUGCGUCUCUUUGUUCGAGGCUCUCAGACCCCAUAGAUGAAAACAGCAGUUUUAUCCUACACAACAUAAUAAACUGUUUAUUAACGCUGCGCCUCGGUCAGGUCUGCUCUGCUUGAUAUUAGAGUUGUAACACGAAGAUUAGGUUGGGUUUGUACUACCUGAUUGAAAAAUUACGUCAAACCUCGACACCGAGGACCAACCAGCCGAGUCAACAUCAGACCAGCUGAUCCAGUCUGAAUACAGAGGCUGUUUUGGAGUGAUGUGACAGCUCUCUCUGGCCUAAAGAAAGGAGCCUACCUUGAUUAAAAAGCUCCGUCUCUGAAAGAGCCCUUUUUGUAAAGUUGUCAAACAUUUUCAGGGGCGAAAACCAGCUCUUCUCCGGUGACACUCCAAUCACAAAUUAUGUAAAUAAAUAAAUAAAAAGCAACUAAAACUGCCAAACUUCCUGCCUUAAACUGUCUGAUAAUCCGAGAGGUAAACUUAAUGGUUCGUUUUUCAUCACUUGCUUGAAAAGAUCAACUUUCAGCAGAGCAGAUUUAAUGCUUUAUCAUGCUUCUUCUUUCUAUACUGUACUGCAGUCAUCAGCACAUAAUGCUCUGUACUUAGUCAUGUAUUUUUAAUGUGACAGAAACAAAUUGCCCACACCUGUUGUUGGUCGGCUUUUAAAGCAUGCUGAGUACACAGGAAGUUAUUAGAGCUGUUCAUCAUAGGUGUUGGGAGUAAUGGACUAUUUUUUUUCACUGUUGUCGUACAUGCUGGUGCCAACUCCAGUGCGGUGUCUUUUAUAAUGGGCAGAGCUGUGCGUUGCACUGCAGACAUUUAAUCUAAACCUCUAAUUAAAAGGAGGGAUGUGAUCAAGUCAUGAAGAAGAAGCUGCAGCCUGAGCAGAGCAGAGACAGCUGUGACACAUGCACGCUGCUGCAGGCUUUAAGUACAGACUCUUCAUACACAUCACUGAUAUGAAGACACAGUUGUAAAGAUAGUCUGCGCGUACGCAACAGUAUAUUCUCACCACCCCCUUUUUGCAAAUCUAUACACACAUUUUAGGUUUUUCAAAAUGACGCACACGUUCAUAAAAACGUCCUCAAGUUUUAUUUUUUUAAACUUGGCCUGACACCAAGUGAAAAUCAGCUCUGAGCAAACAGUCGCCCUCCAUUACCGAAUCUCCCCCCGGGAUAAAUACAGUGUUCCGAUUCUGAUUUCUGAGGCAUGAAAUAGUAAUAAAUAUAAUAAUACAUGCUCAGUGAGACGUUCCCAUUUAAAAGCACAGGAAACUAAGGCUUUCACGCUGUAUAAUUUUCUGCAUCUUUCUUUGCAGAAAAUGAGUUUCAAGUCGGUCAAAGGAAAACCACAUUAAGCUGCAGCCAUUAUUUUCGUUUCAAGGUAAUGAAACAUGCAGUCGUCAUGAUGCAAAAGUAAUUGUUCCCACUUAAUGAUCAUUAACAGAGCCAUUACCACGGCUCUGUUCUUUUAAUUUUACGAUGAGAGGCUCUGAAGGAAGAAAGAGAACCGCCGCAGUGAGGAGGAGGAGGAGGAGGAGAGCUCCUGCUGUACUUUCACACGGAGCUGUGAGCUUCAGGUCGAGCCGAGGGGAGGAGUCAGAAAAAUGAGGGGAGGGGUUUGAGGUUUGAUUUUCCUUCACUUAAACUUUGUCGACGCUCCUUUAAAAGAUUAAACUCGACAUGAAAAGCAGAGAAUUCUCUUCAGCAGAGAAACUUUAUUGCACUCUGUCAUUAUGUCCUAAUCACAGUCCAUCGCGAGCUGCAUAUUUGCCACCAAGCCUCCGUUCUUCACACCACAGUGUGAAGUGGAGACAAACUGGAAUUGAUUCUGUCUGAGUACACAGACCCACAGCUUUCACACGGAGCACUUUAACAUUUUUUUCAACCCUGUACUCUGACUUUUUUUUUUUAUCUCGAUCCGUCUGCAGAUAGAGUCUGACCAAAAUCUCAUCAUUUGUUUUAUCACUGAACUCUUUAACAUCUUAUAUGUGGAGCUGCAGCUUUCAGAGGACUUGUGUUGGACUCUGAAUAUAUGAGUUACUCAGUGCUUCUUGUUUUCUCCUCGUUGGGCAACUGCAGCUGUCCCACCCAUGAGAAGGAAGCCUUACUUCUCUCUUUGUUGUCCCUCCACUCCCCAAGGUGAUGAUGAAAAAAAACAAAAAAGGGGGGGACUGUUCUGGUGUUGAGUUUUACAGACCAGAUCUGAUGCAUGUGUCUGACAAACGAGAACUGUCAUGUCAGGACCCAUGUGUGAGAAAAGCAUGAAUCCCCCCCUGCACCUGUAUGGAUCCCCGCUCAGGUGUGGGGUCACUGAGUCCAGAUACACCCAGGAAAACCCUGACUGUAACUCCUCUCAGUUAAAGACAUUUUAGUUUGUAUUAAUCUGGACCAGACUGAACCUCCAGCACAGAUCGUAUUCAGCUGGAGCGUUUCCUGUUCUGUGUUUCAAAGGGAGGACAGACGUGGACGUUUCUGUGUGUGGUUCUGCCGAGUCUGAGCUCUUGGUUAAUCUUCUUUCAUUUGCUGUCUCUGUACCCAACAUUUCUGUGUCUUUUAAGGGAACAUUUUCAUGCUUCUGUCAUCAGGAGGCUUUCGCUCUGAACUCUGCAUUUCUGUUUGUUUGCUCUCUCUGUGAUUGGGGGAACAUUUCCUCUUCCUUUUCCAACAUUUUUCACUCCAUCUUCUGUUGCCGUCUCAUUUGAACUCUUAAAAAAUGUCUCAUCUUGCUUUUUUUCGAUGCCAUGCUUUUUUUAUUAACACCUUUAUGAUCCAGACCUGCGACCCUCCAUGAGUCCCGAACCAUAGCUUUCCCCUCCUCUGGUCUGGAGUGCGGGGAGGAGGAGGAGGAACAAGAGGUUGCUCAGGGACGAGCCGUCAUCUCCCAGCUUUUCUCUGCCUCUUUUUCAUCCACUAACUGACAGACAAUAAUUUCUCUGUUUGCUUCUUAUGUUCCUUUUCAACAAGCACGCCUUUCACAUUAUGGUGGAGGUAAGAGCAGUUCAAUUGAAGUUGAAACUCUGUCAGUUUUCUCCCCUUUUUUGGGUUCAGAGCUUGGUAUGAAUCCUCCACUUCAAUCCCAGACCACCAUUUUGUUCUUUUUUUUUAUGCUUUUCCAACAGCAUCCGAACACAUGUCUGUCUCUUAUUUGAUUUCCCUGCCUGGGUUUGCUGCAUGGAUGGAUUUCUUUGUCCCUGCUGGAAGUGUAUUGUGCAUGGUGGAGAAAAAAAAAAAGCCAACCCGGCUCUGAAUGCAGCCCUCUUUUUUUGUAUGAAUGUCCACCUUUAAAUGUUUAUGUAAUGCAUUGUGUUGUAAUGUGACCCAGUUUCCAGAACGGUAUCCGCUCAGACUUAUGGCUCACCAUGUUUCCUGUGUGCAGGCAGACAGAGUAGAAGUGAACAAAACUGGAACUGCAGCCUGAUUUUUCCAUCUUAAAAGCAGAGCCAGGAGGAGUGAAGAUACAUUUUGCAUAAGUAGGAGAAUUGCCACUUACCUGGAACAUGUUUCAAGUCAGAGAGAGUAAAUUACUUAAGUAGAAGAGGAGCACAAGCCUUGGCAAAUGUGCUUUGGCUGGAAAUUUACAGCAGAGGAAGACAAGUCGAGCUGCAGACAUCUCUGAGAAGAAGUUGAAAAAGUAGGAAGCUCUUUAAGUUCACGUCAACAAGUCUCUGAGACGUCAGUUUUGUGGUCGUAUUUAUUACAACCGUGCAGAGAAAACAAACUCGGCCUCAUACGUUUUAAUGUCCACCGUCACUACAAACCGAACCGGGCCUGAGGACCCGUUCUGGUGCUUUUAACGAAGGUGAAACCUGAUUAGGCAACAGGAGACGGGUUAGGGUUGGGAAGAACGGCGUGGAGCAGCAGAUUCUGUUUUCCUGUUUCCUGUGGUCUGCUGACGAAGUGUAAUGCGCCCCCCGUUCGAGGCCACGGCGCCCUGUGAUCGGACAAGGGAUCCAGUGACUCCCGAGGGAGGCCAGGCCCGGCUGGGUUGAGCCGGGCUGGGCCGCCUCGUCACACCGAGGCCCGGAAGACAGACAAGGGUUUGAGAAACAAAGCAGAUGGGAGAAGUUUGUCUCUGAGUGUGUUAUUUUCUGGAUGGUUAACUCCUUUGGAAACAGGUUUUUUAAUCCGAUCCUCCUCCUCCUCCUCCUUCAAGGUUUCAUUCCUGCAGAAAACAGAUGUAGACGAACCAUUCUCUGAACUUUAUGUUCAUUAUUUUGGUUUCUAAAACAUGUUCCUCAAAGAUGUUUCUCAAGGCGGCAUCUCGAGGCCGUUUGGGCCGCGCUGUAAUCCAACCUCAGCACCAUCCUGGGUAAUUUUCCCCGUCAUUUGGCUGGUAUUCAGUGUGAAAGCAGCGUGUAGAGACAGCAGGUCUGCCUCACAGCUCUGUGUUAGAGGGAAAAGACUUCAAGUAAACACACGAGUUCCCACUCCAAUCCUCCGUACCCCCUCCCACCCUGAGACACCCUGCUCAAUAUAGAAAAGGUUCUCCUUAUUCCUGCAAAUGUUCUGAUACGACUUCAGAGAAGAUCAACCUGGACGAAUGUUCAUCACCUCAGGGGAGCCGUUUGGUCAUUAAAGAGCAGAUAAUCCAACAUCACACUGGUGUUGAUAUGCAGUGUGUGCACUCUGAGGUUAAGGCACGUCUUCAUGCUCCAAACAGUCCAAACACUCUUUUGUAUCGCAGCUGUAAUGUACUCAGACUUCGCUGGUUUUCUGCUUAUUUUUGGCAGCAGAGUGCGAACGAUGAUUUUAUUUCAGUGUCGUUUAGUCCAAAUGUUUUUUUAGAGUGAAGUCGGUUUUAUAAUCUUGAUGUCAGAAGUGACUCCACUCCAGGAAAUGUUCAGCUCAUAUUCAUAAAGAUUAAGACUGAAACCUUGUUCUUUCUUUUUCCUAGAAAACGGUGAAGCAGUGCUGCAGCAGAGCUUUCAAUAAGUCAGCACUGAUAGCCUUGAUUUUUAUACGAUGACGUGUUAUUUUAUUAUUUAAAGAUGCCUAAAGACAUCUGGCAGAGGGAAGAGCGUGGAUCGGCUUCUUAUUACGAUCAUUCACGUGGAUUUCAAAGAAAGAAAUAAAAUGUGACUGUCACAUAAGAGCAGCUCAGUCAAAGACACUUUUCUCUUUUCAGUCAUCUCGACCUCUCCGAGUUCACGACCAGGCGCUCAGUUUCACAUUGAUAAAAAUCUGAGUCUUAAAUGUUUCUGAAUGAUCUGCAGUUUGCUUCUGCAGCUGUAAUAAUCUUGUCAGGACAGGCGUUUAGACUGAAGCCACUUCUUCCUGUUUUUAUUACUCACUCUGCUCAACGCUCUCUGGCUCUGAAAUCAUCAUUAUUUAGCUGCAGGAAAGGGAAGGUGCCAACUGUCUGACAGUACACUAAACUAACAGUUUAGAUUUUUACUUUCUGCGUCUCAGAUUUCAGGUUUUUCUGGUCAGUUUUUUAAGACUGGAGAGCAUUUUUACGAGAGGUUAGAAAAAAAACAGUGAAAUAGAGGAGAGCUUUUGAUAUAUGGUCUCUGUCUGAGUGGAUCCUGUGGGCCUCAGGGUCUUCAAACUUGCUCCAGCUUAUCAAGCACCUUGUAAGCCUUCAGUUCAAGUAAAAACAUGAACAUCUCCGGUGUUGCAGAGGGGAAUGCUUUUCCUUUUUUUCCUUUUUUUUUUUUUUUUACUGACAGCAGAGUCACGGAGGUAAAGUCGAGGAUUUUACAGCAGCAUAUCUGGUUUCAUCAAAGGCCAUCCGUCAUGUGCUUUUCUUUCUCCUCUACCUUUUAUCCUUUCUGGAAAUGUGACUCCCUCGCUCUCUGCAUGCUUCUGUUUAACCUUCUCCUCUCUCUCUCUCUCUCUCUCUCUGGGUCUCUCUAUCCUCGCUCGGCCUCUGUCCUUCCCUGUGAAGUCACAUGUGAAAGUGAUCAGCUUAAUCCCGAUCACCAGCUGUGUUUAACCUACUUUAGAUUUGGAACGCUCGCCUUCCUCGCUUUCUCUUUGUUUAUAUGGGAUUAGCAUGAGCGCACAGCACACGCAUGAGGUUUGACCUGCCACGGUUAGACACGACAUCUUCAUCGAAACCAUUUAUUCUUUGAAACCAGCCCCCUCCGUCUUCUGUCCUUUUUUUUUUUUUGCCUUGCUACACAUCCUCUUUUCCUCAGCAGCAGCAGCUCACUGGAUUCAAACUGGCAACUUUCCAGCGACAGUCCCGCUUCUGUAAAACCCCCGAGCAAGUGCAGCCCUGGAAGUUUAAUUGAAUUUAAAAUGAUUUAAUCUAAAACCCUGCUUGCUAUGCUGUGUCUCCUCUGCCAAAAGACUACACAGUAAUGAUAAUAUUAAACAUGCAGCACUUUCCAAAGUGCUUUAACAAUCGAAUGAAGCAAACAACAGACCCGUAAAGCUAACAAAGCAAGUUAAAACAGACGGCAGUGAUGCAGGGCAGCAUGAAGCAUGAACAGGGCUAAAAACAGCAGGAAUAUCAGGCAGGCAUCCUCACGUAAAAGGGACUCUAUAACAGUAAUGUGUAAGUGGUGAUUUAAGACGUGAAGAUGAUAGUGAAUCUGCUGGCCUAAGCUCCUCAGGCACGCUGUCGCUGAGCCAACAGCCCGGUCACCUUCACUCUAAGCUCAUGCUAUUUUAAUGCUCCACCAAAAGAGAAUAAAGAAUAACUCUGUCCUCGCUCUGUUUGCUUUUUCUCCCCCCUCUGCAGGACCCCGGGCCCUCACCCCCUUCCCCGGUUCUGGGACACAAGCCGCUGCAGCUGAUCGAGGUGAAAGCCAGGGGGCGCUUCGGGUGCGUUUGGAAGGCUCAGCUGCUCAAUGACUACGUGGCGGUGAAGAUCUUCCCCAUUCAGGUGAGUUUGGGAGUAUUUGUUGACCUCUGACCUCCUGCAAUCAUCAGUGAGAGAGCGUUGGUUAAAAACGAGUAAUAUCUGGGCGUCACAGGUUUGAUGAAAACAGUCCGCAAAUGAGAAGUUUUAAAUCUUUUUACACCUGGACCUUGUGUCUGACCUCUAAAGAAAGUUAUCUUUCUGUAAAAAGUAAAGUUUGAAUUUUGUGUCUCGAUAAUCGGUCGCAUCGCUAUCCUCAAAGCCGCUGAGCUCCAUUUACAAAAGCGAGAGAUCUGACCCCCCAGAAUACUGAAGUUUCUCUUCCGUCGCUUCCUUCUAGAUUAGUUUUGUAUGUCGUGUUGAAUUACCAGACAAAGCCAGCCAAUCACAGCUUCAGAAUAUCACGGAUGAUCAUGUUCUGCGAGGUCAAAUCAGAAUUUUACUCAUGGAGAAAGAAGUCUGCGGCAGAUCGAUGAAGCUGUUCUUAGACUGAUGAUCGUCGUGUCCUCGAAAGUUUGACCAUCGUGGUCUCCGUGUUCUCAGUUAUCCAUAUAAGGGCAUGAGGCUGCGCUGCUGUGUGCACGAUCCUCCUCUUUUUAGAGUUCAAACUCGUGGGCGCUUUACAUGGCAGCCUCUUCCUUGCAUGAAUGUGGAGUGAAUGAGUUAAUGUGACAUGCAGAAGACUAGAGAAAACUAAAUUUUUGCUAAAAAGUUAAAAUUGACUUUCAUACAUUCUCCACAUGACUCUCCACCUCCUGAUUCGUCCUCCUGAAGCGAAUCAAGAUGCUGUAGUAAAUUGGACAUCUUGAUAUAACAGAAAUAACACCUGCAUCUCUGUCUCUCUGCUCCCGUGUAGGACAAGCUGUCUUGGCAGAACGAGUAUGAGAUGUACAGCGUGAGCGGCAUGAAGCACGACAACAUCCUCCACUUCAUCGGUGUGGAGAAAAGGAACAACAACCUGGACCUGGAGCUGUGGCUCAUCACCGCCUACCAUGACAAGGUACGCUGUCACGGACCCAGAAACCACCAGCAGCCUGCUCCACUUAUUCUUAUAUUUAUUGAUUCCUGUUGUUUGUUUUAUAACUUUUUUCUUUGGGGAACUUUGGUUCAGCCCGUUCUCGAAUCGAUUGUGGGCGCGAAAGGUUCUUUAAUCACCGCGUUUCCCAUUUUGAAUCUGUGAAAGCAAAAUAAGCAAAAAUACUCAACUAACUGAAGCAGGAACUGGCCGUGCGAGCUCCGGUUUGAAGCACAGAAACUAAAAAUAUUUCAGGUUUUAAAUAAAUGCAUGAGUGUGCACGCUCGCCAUAAUCCAGUCCUACAAUUAAAGCUGUAUUUAGUGCAUUUCCAGUGAAAUAACUUUAUCAACGUGCUUCAUACUGAAAGUGCAAACUCAGCCAGAUGGAACUCAGCAGCUUCUUCUUGCAGCUGACAGACAUACUAGACAGGACAAGUAUCCCUGCAGCAACAAUGCUGAGGGAAGAAAGGAGCUACAGUGGACAGGUUCCUGCAGGUGUAAGGUUAGUCACAUUCACAUCCAUGGAUCCUCACAGCCCGUGUUUGCACGCUCUUCUUCUUCAAAACAAACUUUACAAAAGUCCUGAAAACCGAAUCAAGAACAGGAGACGUUCAGAAAUAUUUUCACAGUUUGCAUGUAAACACUUUGUCCGCUCUGCCGCCGGAUUUCUUCUGUAAACAGGAUUUAAACUCAGCCAUGAAAACACAGUGAGAUUGUUUAUUUGUACACAGAUGUGAAUAUCUUCAGGACAAGGAGGAAAUAACUGCAUGAAACCUUCACGUAGAGUCUGUGUGCCGCCUGAAGAGCUGAUCCGUAACGAACAUUUCCUACAUGCUAAUUCCUUUUCUUCGUCUUUUAAAGCUUGUUUAUCCUGAAAAAGCAGACUUCUCUGCCCCUCAGUGCUUCACUUACCUCUCAAUCACUGGUCUUUGUGGCAUUUUCGGAGCUUUAAGUGCUUCUGUGUGUUUCGAGGGUCAUUACAGACCAAGUGGAGUGAUUCUCUUACGCUUCGCUUGCUUGAAUUUCUCAGCCAGGGCCAAGAAUUUGAAUCCUCCUGCUUAAGAAAACCAUCCCUGCGUGAAUAAAGGUUGAAAAAUUAAAGGCUGUGCGGGGUGUGGCGGCAGCGGCGAGGCUUUAACCCAACAAUUCAACUCUGAGAAAGCCACUUAACCCUGCAGCAGCUCCACAAGUGCUACUCUGAUUUGUAGCAGCUCUCCAGGAAGAAAAAGCACCGAAGGAAUUUCUUUUUGGAGGAUUUUUAGGAAAGGUUGUACAGCUAAGUGCCUGGUUGAGCAUGCUUUGUAAUUAUUGUAGCCUUUGGAGGAUACAUAACAUGAAGUUUAACCUGUGAAAAGCUUUUCCCUGAGUCCAUUUCUGUUUUCAGAGCAGGUGUCAGAGCGGGUUUGGACUGAGGCUCAGCUUGUGUAACACAGCUGGAGCCGUGAUUGCAGAGUUCAGCGCCUUCUUGACAGCUGAUUUAUGCCUCUGUGUUUGAUGCAGCGCAGCAGCUUUAUUCCUUUGUAUCCCUGACAUGCAGCGGCUUGCUUUGAAAAGAAACCAGCCUCUCCAAAACUACCUGAACUUGAUCUUUUUAUUCAUCUGACCAUGAGUAUGACUCACCGUCAACAGCUGGUCUCUGUAAUCUCUGAUUUCUGUCUGCUGGUCAGACAAUGAUGCAACAUGAUUGAGGAAUAAAAACAACAGGACACCUGAACUGAUCAGAUUGAGUCUGUUUCUCCAUCUGUGAGUGCUGCCUGCCCUCUGGUGGCCGCUGUAGACACUACACCUGUCUUCGGCCUCAGCAGAAGUGACCUUGUAUUAUAUUGACAUACGUUAUGUAAGAGUAGAGAUGUUGUAUAAGGAGAGGAAACCAAACGGAAGCAUCGAGAACAUCUCGGAUGUGAGUUUCUGCUUUCAAGCCAAAUAUCACUCUGAGUUUUUAUGGAUUUAUCGUGCAGAGACACAUCUGUUAACGCAGAGAUUCAAGAUUCAUCUGCAUUAAGAACGAGUCGUCAGACAUGUAAUCAACCAGGAACAAAAGACCUGCAGAGUUCUGAUGAGCAGGUCCAGGUGGAUUGAUGUACGAAGCUCCAUGUUUUAAUUCUAGCCUGUCAAUAUCGAACGUUACCGUCGCACACAGAGCUUGGAUUCCUCUCCGUGGAGUUUACCUUAUUUCAACCGCGAUUCUUUUAAUGCCAAGUCCCCUGUGUGUGAAAUACAAUACUACCCACAAGCUCUCCAUCUAUUAGGGAUGCUGCUGUUACCAUGGAAACCGUUCCUCUUCCAGCCGUCUCUAUACUGUUGUGAAGCGGUAUAUAUUCCUGCAGUUAUUUGGUGUGACUGCUGAAUCACUUCCUUGACAUUUGAGUGGGUAAUUUGACUGCAAUAAUGAAUCUAUGGAAUAAAAACAGAAAUGUCUUUUUUUCUCCUCUGAUGUGAUGAUGAUGUUUCUCAGUUUUAGUGUCAGAGAGAUGGAUUUUAAUUGAGUCUUUGUGAUUCCAGCUGUAUUGAAAGUGUCUGUAUGUGAAGACAGCUUUCAGCUCAGAUUUCAGACGUCUCCUCUCCUCCGUCUGUCUUCCUGCAGGGCUCACUCACAGACUACCUGAAGGCCAACGUGGUGACAUGGAACGAGCUGUGCCACAUCGCUCAGACGGCGGCCCGCGGCCUGGCCUACCUCCACGAAGACAUCCCCGGGCACAAAGACGGACACAAGCCCUCGAUCGCUCACAGGUGUGCUGUCCUAACAUCUGAAAACACAUCACUGGAUUUCUCUGAGCGGCUCUGACGGCGCUCCACUCACGGGUCUGUUAAAUUUGAAGGGUCUGCUGUUUCUUUUUGCCUCUCAGGGACAUUAAGAGUAAGAAUGUGCUGCUGAAGAAUAACCUGACAGCCUGCGUAGCCGACUUCGGCCUGGCCCUGAAGUUUGAAGCAGGGAAGUCAGCGGGAGACACUCACGGACAGGUACAGUUUUAAACUUGUGUCUGAUAACGGAUCAAACAUGUGAAUGAAUGAGUGAAAAGGCAGCUGUGCGUUCAUCAUCGUGUUCACCGCUCCAUGGCAGGAGUGGACUCACAGAGUGACUCAGACAUGUUCUCUGUCUGCAGAGCUCAGGACAGUCUGUCUGGAUCCCUCUCGUCUCUAAAUAUGACUGCCUGUUUACACGCUGAAAUCAUGACAUUUAAACGGUUUUUCAUCUCUCUGUCGACCGAGCGUGCACCUCCUCCGUUUUUUGCCGCUUCAGCCCGUCUGCGAGCUGUGUCGUGACUUUUCCUCCUCCCCUCUGCUCCUGCUUGUUUUUCUGUUCACGUUUCUGUCCUGAUGCUGACCUCUGACCUCUCUGUGAUGCUGUAGGUGGGAACACGGCGCUACAUGGCUCCUGAAGUCCUGGAGGGCGCCAUCAACUUCCAGCGGGACUCCUUCCUGCGUAUAGACAUGUACGCCUUCGGCCUCGUGCUGUGGGAGCUCGCGGCGCGCUGCACGGCUGCUGACGGUGAGACUGAAGCAUCAGUGAUGUUUGAACUGUUCCCCGUGUUGAUUCUUCCAGAUUAACUUCACUUCUGGACGUGUGUUGUGUGUUUCAGGCCCGGUCGACGAGUACAUGCUCCCGUUUGAGGAGGAGGUGGGUCAGCAUCCGUCUCUGGAGGACAUGCAGGAGGUGGUGGUCCAUAAGAAGCUGAGGCCCUGCCUCCGAGACUGCUGGCAGAAACACACGGUGAGGAGGAGGAGGAGGAGGUGUUGGGGUUGAAUUGAGAUGUUUUUAAGGAGCAGAGUAGAAACCAAAAAGGUUUCAAAUCCAGACAGUCACACAGCUGUGGAUGUUUGUCAUCAAAACUAUUGAUCAGUUAUCGAACCCUCGCAGAAGUCCAUCUGUUCUCAGGCUGCAGAUUUAAGAGUAGGAACCCUGACCUCAGCGGUGAACCCUCAGUAACACUCAUCCUCUCGUCCCUCAGGGUCUGGCGAUGCUCUGCGAAACCAUCGAGGACUGCUGGGACCACGAGGCCGAGGCCCGCCUGUCGGCCGGCUGCGUCGAGGAGCGCAUCGGUCAAAUGCAGCGCCAAGCUCCCAUCAUCGGCCCGGAGGAGAUCGUCACCGUCGUCACCAUGGUGACCAACGUGGACCUCCCGCCUAAGGAGUCCAGCUUAUGAUCGGUCUGACACCUGGCGGAUCAGCAGGAGGGGAUGAUGGGCCGGCCCUGGUUGGUUGGCCUGGUGUUUUAGUUUCUUUCUCUUUCUUUUCUGUUUCGAUCUUUCUGUUGGUUUUUGUUCCUUUAAGUGCGGGCCGCUACUUCAGGAAACUCCCUGCGCCCACCUCACCACAUCAGUCGAUAUCCACCUCAUUUUGAUAUGUGUGCCUGAGGAUUUGAACAUUUGAAAAAACUGGAUUCAGGAUUUUAAUGAGUGAACGCGUCGACAUGCUGGGACAAAAACACUUUUACCAUGUAUUGUUUUUAUAUACAUACACUCACACCGGAGGGCGACGGCUUCUGCUGGGCUUUUCUACGGAGAGAGGAGAUCCAGCGGAGAGGGUUCACAGGACUCUCAGCGCAUUUUCGUGUAAAAUCAACAAAAAAAAGAAAAGAGGAGCUCCCGGCUCUGGAUACAUUUGCUGUUUUCUCGUGUGCGUUUUAUUUUGAAGAAAUGACUAUCGUUCUGCCAAUAAGCAACGGCUUCUGAAUGUUUAUAGUGUAAUGCUGCUGUACAUAGUGUAUUAUGGACCCAGACAACUUGGUAAUCAAGCUUAUUUUAAAGGGGGAGGGGGGGUGAGGGGGACGGGAGGGGAGGGGAGGGGGGGGUCCAUUUUCAAGCAUUACGACGAUAAAAAACCAUAAACCUCCUUCAACCAGGUAUACCUCACUUCAGAUGGACACAGUUCAAAUUCUCCCUCUUCACAACAUGGCUCACUUUCUCACCACCUCCUCAGCUCUUCACAUCCAAACUCUCUGCUGUCAGCAUCGUGGGUCAUGAAAGCCUCCAUACACAUCGCCAUACCAACACCAGUUUCUCCCUUUUUCCUCCCCUUUCUGAUUUUAUUUUUGACUGAAAAUCAUUUUUCUUCUUUUCUCGGUUUAGCUCUCCUCUGAAAAUGAAAAAACAGAAAAAAAAAAACAUCCCCCUGUGAUGAAGUUGUCGUUUAAAGUGAUUUUUUUAAUCGUUUUGGUUUGCCGUGUCAACUGUCAGCGGUCUAAUAUAAUGUAUCGCCGUGAGAUCUGGAUUAACAGUAUUUGCAUCUCUCUGGAUUAGCGCUGGGUACCGGGUCCAGAUCCUGAGUAUUUGGUUCUGGUGUCAAAGUUAAAGCACCUGUGGAGCGGACUCCUCUGGCUCUCUCAUUUCUGUUUGAUCCGGUUUGAGAAGAAGUCCUAGCAGAUCCAAACCUGUAAAGGUCUUUUUGAGGAUCUUCCCAGAGGUACCCAGCCCUACUUUGGACUCAAACCUGUAUUUAGCUGAGCCAGCUUGCUUUUUCAUUUGGCCACACACACACACACACACACACACAUCUCUCUCUCUCUCUCUUUCUCUCUCUCUUUUUUUUGGGUAACUAUCAAGAGUCUCUUUUUAAACACCUCAGGAAUCUUUGCUACUCACCACAUCCGCCACCUCUCCCUCCUCAUCCUCUGCUGUCUCGACUGGAAUACCUCCUCUUUCGCUGAAUCUUACGCUUCCUCUCUCUCUCUCUCUCCCUCUCUCUCUCUCUCUCCCUCUCUCUCUCUCUCUCUCUCUUUCUCGUCUCUUCUCUUCUUGUUAAGAGAUUAGCUGUGCUCUCGUGCCCCAAAAACACUCCCAGCUUCAUUUAGAUUUAAUCUUUCACUCAAGAAUUUGUAUGUUUGAUCUAAACUGUCUCUGCAGUCAGGAUUGAAGUGUUGAUUUGGUCCUGGUCCUGAAAAAAACAGACUAAAAACUCUUAUUUUGAAAGAUCUAGCCUACAUCUUUAACCUGCUGCUCCUCCUGAAAAAAAAGACUUAAAAUCCUCUCCAGAUCGACUGUUUUCAGCUCUUUUUUUAAGGUUAGCCGCCUGUAUUUUUGCCGUCUUUUGGAUGGCGGACAUGCAGGGUUCAGCUGAUUUUUUUCAGACGUUUUCAACCAACAAAUGAAACUUUUUCAGCUCUGGCUGAAAAGCUGGAUUCUUUGGUUGUUCUGUUUCUCAUCAGAGCUGAAACGUUGAGUCCUCUGCAGGAUUUCUUUUCCGCUCAUAGGGCUGAAAAUCCUGAUUUGGAAACCUCAGUGACACAAACCAAACGACAGCACGGCUAACCGCAGUCUGAGCUGGAGUGGAGAUGAGGACUCUCUUCUUUCUCUCUUCUUUCAUCCUGGUGCCAUUUCUACGUCUCCACAUUAGUUACUCUUGUAGAUGUCAGGCAAAACGGAUGUAUCUGUCACUGCUGCAAAAGGCAACAAUGGCAUUUUUGAAUCUUUCUUUCUUCUGAGGGACAUUGAACACUGGUGCCGGCAGACCUGCAGUCUCUCCUCAAGCUUUGGGACGGUUUCACUCAGUGCAGUUCAGACUCAAGCUCUUUAAAACCAAGUAUGGGGUCAGAAAUACUUCGACAUCUCUCCACUGAACCAUUUUACAUUCAGGGCAAUACAUAAGGAUGCUUUCAUCAAACCUACCAUUCAUGACCUGAAAGCAAACGCCGUACUGUAGUGCUCGAAAAUAUAGAGAAGCCAAGCUUUGAAGAAAGUCCUCCAGAUAAUCCGCAAGUCUAAAGUCAAACCCAGUAUUUGUCUGAUGCACUUUUUCUGUCCUUUAGUGUAAACUUUAAGAGCCAAACUGAGAACUACUCACCUGAUUAAACCCCACUUCAUCCCUGAAUAACGAGGAACUUUUACACGAUUGAAAUCUGCAGAAUUUCCCUUUUCUUUAACCCAAAAAAAAAUGACACUAAGCUUAAAUUUGGAGGAGCUGACAGGAGAGAGGAAUGUUAUUUUCAGCACAUGAUAAGAUGACUACAACAGCAAACCUGAAGGAAAUAGAAGCCAUCAUCUUAUUCGCUUACUGUAGCACGAGCACGAUAUUCUCAUCGAUAUCGCCGUCGUCCGCGCAGUCAGGGACGAUCAGCAGUACUGCAAACCCCAGCAGCCCUUCAGUCAAUGCUACCUCACCCACAGGCGUUUCUGUGGGGUCCAAAGUUUGUGGAAACACUCAAACUCUUGUUUUCCUUUUCCAUUGCGUUACAAGAUUUAAAAAAAAAAACUAAAAUAAAAAUCUCGUAAAAGUCUCUCUAACUCCGUCUGAGACGAACCUAAAGUAUUUCCUGUUUUUAGUCCCAGUCAUGUGCCCUCAAACGCAGUAUUUCAGCAGCCGGGUGGAUUCUUCACUUCUGCCUCCAUGUUUUCUGCCAAAGUGGCCGCUCCAGUCAGCCACAGCAAAAAAGAAACAACAACCUGCCAGCGUUUGGUUGGCGUCCACAUCACAGUACUGUAGGUAGACGUUGGAAAAGGUUCAGUGUUUUUGAAGCUUGAGUCUAAACUGCGCCGGAGGAGGAACCGUCCUGGACCGACAAAUACCAUUCAGGGAUUCAGUACUAUGCUUUUCUAAGUUCUCGCGAGUUAUAUGCAACCAGUGCCGCAAACUACCCUACACCUCUGUAGGACCAGCUGCAGGAGUGACUUUCAAUACACACACACACACACACACACACAGACAGACACACACACAAGAAUAACUUGUAGCAUUUUAAUUUUGUUUUUUAAAAUCCGUGACCUUGCAUAUUGAUAUGUUGUAUUUAUUUUUUAAUUUACAGGCCUGAGGUUUUGGGGGGAUCGAAGCUCAGGUGCGACUCAGAAUAACGUUGUUAGAGUUGGCACGAUUGUUAUUUUUUUUCCUGGGGGGGGCGGGGUUUUGGGGGGGUUGUUUUUGGUUGUAAUUCAGGAAAUACUUUAAUUCAAAAAGAAAAAAAUAUAAACUGUAACGUGCUUCUUUCUAUUCAGUCUAUGGACAAAAAAACGACCGAGAAUGAAUGUUCUUCUUCAGACUCCUGGAUUUCUAGUAUUGUGUGUACUUUGAUGGAUCGAGCCCGGCCCUGUGUAACUUUAGAGGGCUUUGCGUUUGGCUGGUUUCGUGUGAUUGUGCCCUGUCGCCGUAGAAACCUGUAAAACCAGCGUACCUGGAGAUCCAUUCAUGCACCUGCAGAGGGUUUGAACCGGUGAAACGGGCGAAAACAAUCAAACCAGGAUGAAGUCAGCACACUCUUUAAAAAUGAAUCUUUAAAUCCCAAAUUUAAGCACAGACCUGACGGAGUGUCGACAUUUAAACUCCACCAAUCGUCUGAAAACUCGAAGCUUCUUGAGACAAUCUCGUUCCCUUUCUUUUGUCUUUACUCUCUGGUCACAGUUUGAGCUCAAACACAGACUCCUGGCUGCUUCCUCGGUGGAGUUUGGGAAGUAUGUCUUCCAUUUGCAGUUGGGGCGAUGUUGACCAAUCGUGAGCAGGUAGACUUUAGUGACUGCAACAAAAACAAUCAGCGAGAUUGAUGCAACUAAACCCUGACUCCUACAACCUGUAAACAGUUCGAUGUGUUCAGGAGCUGCUUUAAACGUUAAGCUCCGUUAGUUCUGAGUUAAUUACAGUUAAACUGUAAAGACCAGAGUGAGGCCUCACUGUCUACAGUGAAGCUGAGACUCGGCAGGACCAGCUGAUCGGGCGUUUCUGCAGGACUGAUGAAUGUGGGGUUCACAGAUCAGCUCCUCUCAGGUUUUGAGGAUCCUAACUAACGUGUUUCGUCUCGCCUGCGCGCGAUCAAACGGGGGUGUAUGAGUGGGUCUCUCCUGCAGGCCGGUUUACCGGUUUCUACCCGACUUCCUCCAGCCCAGCACCUCACAUUGCUGUGCAUAUAAACUACCAGUGAAACAUUUGUGUCUUGUUGCCCCCCACUAUUUUAAGCAGUCUAGGAUCUGUACAGACAUGAGAACAUAAAUACCUGUAUCAACUAUAUACUCUUGAGCUGAAUCUUUAUAAGUGCGUGUUGAACUUCAGUGUUUCGUCUACAUUCAUUUAUACUUUUUCUUCUUGUGUUUUGACUCGGCAGCGCGGCUUGGCUCGGCUGCAGAAAAAAACUGUCCUUCACUUUAAGUUGAGCUUUGUGUAAGCUAAAAGCUAGAGGCUCAUUGGAGUACUUUGUGUGGUAUCCCAGAAAGCACUUAAGGGUUUCUUGGCAGAGAGGAAUAGACAAACGGCGACAGACAUUUGGCCCAGGGGCGUUCCACAAGGAGCCGAUUCGGGUCCCCUUAUGGUUGCAUUUUAAAGACUCCCUGAAGCUCUUUGAGAGCAGUUGCAAUACUCCACAUGUGAUAGAACAAUCACCCACUACAGGUAUUUCAUUCCAGCAUCUCACUCUCCUGCUUUUUCCAACUGUUGGCAAGAAUUUUAGAGGAAACAUUGAACUCCAAUGACCUCGCUGCCAAGGCUGUCUUGGCAGCCGGAUUACUCCAGUCGCCAGGCCUGAAAUUUCUACAAAAAAAAAAAAAAAAGAGAGAAACACUACAAGCAUUUUUGACCCCACAUUUCUCAAGGCUCCGGAGUUGCAGCGCUGAUCCAGAAUCUGCCAACACAGUCUGUGGUGAUAGUGACGCUCACAGGGUUUCUGUUUUUGAGACGUGAAACUGAAGUGGGAUGUUUUCAGACUAGAGUCCGUCAAACGAGGAGAACGUCUCGUCUUUUUACUCCUGAAACAUGUGACUGUACAUUUAUGUUACUGGCAAAAAAUGUGAAAAUAGGACAAGACUGUUAGUCGGGAAUUUCAAAGUGGAAAAAAACAUGUAGGAAGUACCGAAAGAAAACAUCCCACUUUGAGUUUCUUUAGCUGGAGUGAGUCUGACCUUCGACCGGUGAAAACGGUCAGAAACCCUGCAGACAUUAUCACAGAGGAGACAAAGUGAUCAGCAGUCAGCGCUGCAGCUCUCAGCGUACAGUUUUUAUCAGCUGAAGUGAUCCACGUGAUGUAAAUAAAUGUGUUUUUAGAUUGUGACUGCUGAUGUUUUUCUUUCUGUCUCUGAUCUGACUCUCUUUCACCAAAAUCAACCCUGGUUUACCGUCCAGGAGAUCACAGCGUUAGUGAGGCAUUCUGGGUUUUCAAGCAUGUCAGGAGUCUUUUCUCAAACAGGUAAACUCUACAUAUAAAAGACAGAUUUUGGUAAAAGCAGGAGCGUCAUCUUCUUUAGUCACCUGUUAGGUAGAAGUCAGAGUUUAUUUAACGUGUCAGGACUGUUCCUCAGACUCCUGGCUCAGACUGGACUGAAAAGUGCUGCGUGAAGUCCAGAAGAAGUCCUGAUCCCCCUGUAUGUUAUUUAUAUAUCUGUUAACUGCGCGUAUGUGCUGUAUGUUCAGAGGCUUCUGUGCAGGAUUGAAGAGGAAAGGUCACUCAUGUCAGCGUGAUUACACUAAGGUACAUAAGGAUUAGAUGUUCCUGCUUGAUUACAGGCCUGUACCCACAAAUCAAAAUAGCAUCUAAUGUGGGUUUUCUGCAUUUCUGUUUAUAGAUACAGAUAUAUAUAAUGCAAUGCAGAAUCUCACCACUAGAGGGCAGCACUCUGCAGCCUGGUGCCUGCCGCUCCACCACUCUUCAGUGUUUGGAAGGUGAAACUUUUAAAAGUU